AUGGAAAGUGAGAGAUCUGUGGACAUUGAGAUAGAAGGCACAGCCCCUACAGAGGCGGUUUCCUUUGAAAUAUCAAGUGGAGAGGUCUCAGUGGAAGGCCUACCAACUGAGGAUAAAGCAGUUGUGAUCCGUGCACUUCCAUCUCAGCCUGCACCCAAAGAAAAGGAAGAGAGACUCCUGUCUGUAACAGAGGAGGAAUUCGAAAUAGCCACUACUGUCAAAGUAGCUCCCUCUGAAGAACUUGAAGCUGAAGAACUUGAGGUGUUCGAGGAAUCCCAGCCAGUUCCGGAUCAGAAACCGGGCACAGAAGCUGUGACAGUUGAAGUUGGCAAGAUGCCAUCUGUUAUCAGAGUUGACUCUGUCGAGAGAGUACCUCUUCCAGUCAGGGAGCGCAUGGAGUCGUACCCAGAAGAAGAGCUGUCUGAGGCAUCUGUCAUCAAAUUAGUUCCUGAGAGAGAGGAAGAAGCAGAAGUCCUGCCUGAAGAGGAACUAGACCAAGCAGCAGCAGAAAAGAUUAAAGAAGUUCCUGCUGAUAAGGCCGUGAAGAAGAUUGUCCAACCAAAAGAAGCACCAGAAGAAGUUUCCUUGAUUCAACCCAGGAAGCCCCUGGAAUCAAUGACGGAAGAAGAGCUUCAAGAGGCUGUUACUGUUGAGCUUGCUCCCAGGGAUGAGUACGAGGCUGAGAAGAUAACACCUGAACAACCUGCAAAGCUACGUCCACAGAAAUCAGUUGAAGAGGUAGUGCCUUUGGAUCAGGUUGAAAAACAGAAAGCCUCUGUCAUUAGAGGUCCAGCUGAGAUGACAGCAGCCCCCUCUAUCCCAACUGUCGAGAGGCUAGGAUCUGUCUCAGAGGAAGAACUUGCUGAGGCAACAACAAAGCAGUAUAUCCCCGAUGACAUUGAGGAGGCAGCUGAACUUCCAGAAUCAGUGACAGUUGAUGUCACUGCUGAAGAAAUCUCAGAAGUUGGUGUCACAGUCAGCAGUGUGUCCAAGAAGAAGCCAGCAUUGAUCACCGCCACUCCCCAAGAAGUGGAACUGACGAAAAAGCCUUCUCCAGAUUCACAAGAAGCAAUCAUUUCACUCAAGAGACUUGGUUCUGUCACAGAAGAAGAACUUAGAGAAGCUGCUGUAAAACCUUUUCCAGAGAAAGAAGAGGAAGCUGAAGUUUUUGUGAGUGAUGAAGUUACAGAAGCAGUACCACAGGAGCUUCCUAGUGAAGCUGCUGACAAGGCAGGAAAAAGAGUUCCAUCUGUCAGAACAGCUCCUGAAGAGGUGGCCAUAGUAAAACCUGUCAAGAAACCUGUAGCUGUUAGGGAAGAGGACAAGGAACAGAUUGAUCUUGUGUAUGAACGGACAGAGUACCUGGAUGUCGUAGAGGAGGAAGAUCUGAAAGAAGCUGCCUCAAAACAACUGCCUUUUGAGAAGGAAGGCGAGGCUGAAGAAUUUGUGGUGGGUGAAGUUCCUAAGGCUAAACCAGAGGAGGUUCCUAGUGAAGAUGUUUCUUUGGAAGUUGUGUCAAAGAAAAAGCCAUUGCCAGUCAGAGAGGCUCCAGAGGAAGUCACAGUUACAAAGCCAAGACCAAAACUGGAUUCAUAUGAGGAAGAAGAGCUUCAAGAGGCUGCAGUUGUAAGAGUUGCUUCAGAGGUGGUUGAGGAGUACGAGGAUCUUCCAAUAGAGGAAACAGAGGCAUAUUCCCCCGAAACAGCAACUGCAGCAGUUGACAGAGCUUCCAAAAAGCAAGUGCCACUGAGAGAAGCACCAGAGGAGGUGACACUUGAGCAACCCAAAGCUCGCAUGGCUUCUUUUGAUGAAGAAGACCUUAAAGAAGCAGUUUCAAUCAGUGUCACCCCUCGAAAGGAAGAGGAAGCUGAAGUCUUGGUAGAUUUGGCAAAACCAGAAGAGACAAAAUCUGAGUCAAUGCCUUCUGUUGAUGUUUCAUUAGAGGUUUCCAAGAAGCCUGCUUUUGUCAGGGAAGCUCCCGAGGAGGUUCAAGUAAGGAGACCCCUUGCAAAAAUGGAAUCUGUGGAGGAGGAAGAACUUCGAGAGGCUGUGACAGUAAGGGCUGUACCUCAGAAGGAGGAGGAUUUAGAUGUUGUUGCCCCAGUUGAGAUACCGGAGGAGGUUGCCCCAGUUGAAAAAGAUAUUCCCGGGACAGUUUAUGAGAGGAAACCAGUCGUCAUCUCACAUCCAUAUGAACCAGAGCCGGAGUAUUUGCCAUCUAGAGAGUUGCUUGAGACUCUCCCGGAGGAACAGCUUGAGACAGCUGUUACAGCAAGAAUAAUUCCUCGAGAUGAAUUUAAAGCUGAGGCACUGCCUUCUGAAGAAGUGUCACCAGCAGCAGCGACACCGGACAAAACACCAGGCGAAAUUUCCCUAGAUGUUGGCAAAAAGCCUCUUGUCCAUAGCAUACCCGAGGUAGAAAAGGGUCCACAGCUGUUAGAGGUGGAAGGGAUUACAGUAGAAGACUUGGAGUCACAGGAGGCCAUGGAGGUGGUUGUUGAGGAAGAGGGAAAAGCAGUGGAGCUACCUGUUGCACCUGUCAUUACUGACAAGUUCAAGAGCAAGAGUGUCAAAGAAGGUAAACCUGUCAAAUUUACCUGCACAGUCACUGCCACACCGGAUACUAAAAUUCAGUGGUUCCAUGAACAAAAACUUCUUGAGUCAACAACCAGGCACAUCCAAACCUUUGAAGAAGGAGUUGCAACUCUUGAGAUCCCACAGCCGAGGCCUAAGGAUGUUGGUGAAUACAAGUGCAUUGUGGUUAAUGUAGCUGGCGAAGAUGUCUGCUCAGCUAAGCUCACUGUCACAGAAGUCAAGCAAGCUCCUUCUUUCACGGAAAAACCUGAAGUCCCUGAGACCCCCGAAACCACUGAUGCUGUUUUCAGAUGCAAAGUUGAUGGCUUCCCCAAGCCCGCCGUCACAUGGAACAAAGGAUGGAAACAAAUAAAAACAGGAGGGCGCUUCUCAAUCUCAUUUGAUGAGGAUACAGAAGAGAGCAUCCUCACGAUUAAGGAAACAACUUCAGCAGAUGCUGGAAAGUACACCUGCUACCUCAAGAGUCCUCUUGGGGAAGACAGCGCUUCCGUGAGUCUCAAAAUCACUGAAAAACCCAAAGAGGAACUAGCUGAACAAGUGCCUGUAGAAGAACUGGAGGAGGUUGAGGUUCUCAUGGAGAUAUCUAAGCCUAAAGAAAUCAGCCCUGAAGUUGUACCUGUUAAAGGGCCUGAAGAGAUACUUCCUGAAAAGAAGCCAACUGUAAGAGAAGCUCCUGAAGAGGUCGAGAAAGUUCUCAAGCCUCAAGUUUCUUUAGAUGCUGUCUCAGAAGAAAAGCUAGAAAUUGCAGGGGUUGCCAAAGUGCCGGACACUGAACAUGUUCAGAUUCUUGUUGAGACUGGAAAGCCUGAGGAAGUCGUUGUUGAACUUGCAGAAGCUCCAAUAGAAGUAACUCCUGAAAAGAAGCCAGCUGUUAUUUCCGUGCCAGAAGAGGUAGUGGCCAAAGUACCAGCAACUCAGACAGCAAUGGAAGCUGUCGUGGAGGAACAGCUGGAAACGGCAGUUAUAGCUAAGUUUGUUCCUAAUGAAGAAGAUGAAGUUGACGUUCUGGCUGAGAUCAAGAAGCCUGAGGAGAUCACACCUGCUGUUGUUUCCAUCGAAGAAGCUCCUGAGCAUAUCAAAACCAAGAAGAAGCCAUCAUUCAUUAUUGCCUCUGAGGAUGAAGUCUCCAUCAAGCCAAAACCUAAACUUGCACUUGAAGGGGUCACUGAGGAAAAGCUGGAAACAGCUGUAACAGCAAUGGUGGCACCUCAACCAGAAGAACAAGUUGAAGUCUUGGCUGCAUUCAUGAAGCCAGAAGAAGCUGUUCAAACUGAGGAGGAGAUUCCUAAAGAGGUUAAGCCAGAGGAAAAGCCUGCCAUCAUAUCAACCCCAGAGGAAGUGGUUGCUGCAGCACCUGCACCACAGGAAUACCUUGAGAUAGUUGCUGAAGAGGAAUUGGAGACCGCUGUUACCAGAGUUGCUCCUCAACCUGAAAAUGAAGCUGAUUUGCUUCCAGCUGUUCAGAAGGUCACUCCAACGGAAGCUGUUGAAGCAAUAACCCCAUCAGAGGUAACUCUUGAUGUCCCUGAGAAACCACCAACUUUGAGAGGUUUACCAGAGAAGGAAAUACUUCCAGAACAGCUUUUGGAAGCUGAGGUUUUCCCAGAAGAAGAAAUGGAGAAACAUGAGGCCGUUGAAGUUGUUGUGGAAGAAGAAGAGAAGGUCGAGGUAAUGCCAGUUGCACCUGUCAUUACUCACAAGUUUAAGAGCACGACUGUCAGAGAAGGGAAGCCAGUGAAGUUUGUUUGCACUGUUAUUGGAACACCCAAACCUGAGAUCAAGUGGUUCCUAAACAAGGAAGUACUUGAGGCAAGUGCUCGUUUCAUCCAAACCUUUGAAGAAGAUGUUGCCACAUUGACAAUUGAGCACCCAAAACCCAAGGACGCUGGAGAGUAUAAGUGUGUGGUCAUCAACUCAGCGGGAGAGGACAUCUGUAAUGCCAAACUGACUGUCACAGAAAUCAAAAGAGGGCCUUCAUUCACCAAGAAACCACAGGUUGAAGAUACCCCUGAAGGAACUGAGGCAGUCUUCCGAUGCAAGGUUGAUGGUUUCCCCAAACCUACAGUUACCUGGAACAAAGGUUGGAAACAGAUCACUACAGGAGGAAGAUUCAGCAUCAGCUUUGAUGAGGACACUGAAGAAAGUGUCUUGUCAAUCAAGGACACUGCCCCUUCAGAUGCUGGGAAGUACACUUGCUAUCUCAAGAACCCUCUUGGACAGGAGAGCUCAACUGUGAGUCUCAAAAUCACUCCCACGCCUGAGGAGCAACUGGAGGAGGAUGAGGUCACUCCCAAGCCAGAAGUAAAGCCAGAGGAGUGGGCACUUGUCCAUGAGGUGGAGCAAGUUGAGGUGAUACCUCAGGUUUCAAAGCCGGAGGAGGUUACACCUGAAGUGGUAACUGUUGAGGAGGUUGAAGAGAAACCGAAAGCAGUUGAAGCAGUGGUGAACGAACAAGCUGAGACUGAAGUAGCAUUCAAGGUCAGGCCUCAUGUCAGUGAAGAAGUAGUUCUUCCAGUUAGCACUGAGCCUGAACAAAUUACUCUCGAAAUUGUCCCAGAAAUCACUCCAAAGCCUGAGGAAAAACCUGAGGAAGAAGACAAACCAGAAGGAAAGCCAAAGGAGCCAAAUUCUUUGAAGAUUCCAGAGCAAAUUGAAGUUAUUCUCGAGGUUCCAAAACCAGAGGAGGUUCCUACUGAAAUGGUUGCUUUACAAGAAAUAGAAGCACAACCUGAAGAGACAGAUAAAGUCCAUACUUCCAAAGUUGACAUUGAAGCAGUGGUGGAGGAACAAGCUGAGACUGAAGUAACAUUCAAGGUCAAGCCUCUUGUCAAGGAAGAAGUGGUUCUUCCAGUAAGCACUGAGCCUGAGGAAGUCAGUGUGGAAGUCGUCCUAGAAGAGGAGACCAAACCUGAGGAAGUUCCUGAAAGGAAGCCGACCUUCACUGUGAGUUCUGAAGAGGAAGUCAGCAAAGUUUUUAAACCUACAGUUUCUGUGAAGGCUGAGGAACAGGUGGAUUCAGCAGUUACUGCCCAGUUCAAGCCUCGCCAAGAAGAAGAGGUUGAAGUGCAAGCUGCAUUUAAGAGACCAGAAGAAGAAAUCCCGGCAGCUGUUCCUGUAAAAAUAGCAGCUGCUAAACCUAAGCCAACCUUUGUUGAAGAGGAGCUUCCUUAUGCCGCUCAAGCCUAUCCGGAAAAGUUGGAAGGUCUUCCAGAGGAAGAACUAGAGACAGCAGUCACUAAACAUGUUGUACAACCCACAGAUGAAGCUGGUGUACUUCCUUCCAGGGAGGAGGUAGUUCCUUUGACAGCUACUACCAAAUUAGCCCCUACUGAGGUCUUAGACAUCUCUGAGAAGAAGCCAGAAAAGAUCAGAGGCUUUCCAGAGAAAGAGGCUGUGCCUGAAGAGUUGGAAGAGGUAGAAGCCAUUCCAGAAGUAACAUUAGGGAAGCUGGAAGCUGUGGAGACUGUCGUUGAAAGUGAAGAGAAGGUUGAAGAACUUCCUGUUGCACCUGUCAUCCUCCACAAGAUCAGAGACAAGAGCACCAAAGAAGGGAAGCCAGUGAAAUUUACUCUCACUGUAACUGGAAGACCCCAGCCGGAAGUCAAGUGGUUCUUAAACAAGGAACUUCUUGAGGCAAGUGCUCGUUACAUCCAAACCUUUGAGGAAGAUAUUGCCACAUUGACUAUUGAGCAUCCAAAACCUAAGGAUGCUGGAGAGUACAAGUGUGUGGUUGUCAACACAGCAGGAGAAGACAUCUGCAAAGCCAAGUUGACCGUGAUUGAAGUCAAAAGAGGACCAUCAUUUGCCGAGAAGCCACAGGUUGAAGAUACACCUGAAGGUAAUGAAGCCAUAUUCCGAUGCAAGGUUGAUGGUUUCCCCAAACCUGAAAUUACAUGGAACAAAGGUUGGAAACAGAUUACAAGUGGAGAAAGAUAUGCUAUCACCUUUGACGAGGAUACUGAUGACAGUGUCUUGACAAUUAAGGACACAACCCCCUCAGAUGCUGGGAAGUACACUUGCUAUCUGAAGAGUCCUCUAGGACAGGACAGCUCCACAGUGAGUUUAAAAGUCACACCUAAGCCCGAAGAGAAACCUGAGGAAGAAGACAAACCAGAAGAAAAGCCUGAGGAGAAAGCUCCAGUCCCAGAAGUUGAGCAAAUUGAGGCAGUGCCUGAGGUUUUGAAACCAGAGGAGGUUCCGACCGAAGUAAUUUCUGUUGAGGAGGUCGAAGCAGUCCCUGAAGAGAAACCAAAGGUCCCAUCAGCCAAAGUUGACAUUGAAGCAGUGGCAGAGGAACAAGCUGAGACUGAAGUAACAUUCAAGGUCAAGCCCCAUGUCAAGGAAGAAGUGGUUCUUCCAGUUAGCACUGAGCCCGAGGAAGUCACUGUGGAAGUUGUCCCAAAAGAAGAGACCAAACCUGAGGAAGUUCCUGAAAGGAAGCCGACCUUCACUGUAAGUUCUGAAGAGGAAGUCAGGAAAAUCUUUAAACCUAAAGUUUCUGUGAAGGCUGAGGAACAGGUGGAUUCAGCAGUUACUGCCCAGUUUAAGCCUCACCAAGAAGAAGAGGUUGAAGUCCAAGCUGCAUUCAAGAGACCAGAAGAAGAAAUCCCGGCAGCUGUUCCUGUAGAAAAAGCAGCUGCUAAACCUAAGCCAACCUUUGUUGAAGAGGAGCUUCCUUAUGCAGCUCCAGCCUAUCCGGAAAAGUUAGAAGGUCUUCCAGAAGAAGAGCUAGAGACAGCAGUCACUAAACACAUUCUGCAGCCAACAGAUGAAGCUGGUGAACUUCCACCCGCAGAGGAGGUAGUUCCCAUUGAAGCUACUCCCAAAUUAACUCCUACAGAGGUCCUAGACAUCUCUGAGAAGAAGCCAGAAAAGAUCAGAGGCUUUCCAGAGAAAGAGGCUGUGCCUGAAGAGUUGGAAGAGGUAGAAGUUAUUCCAGAAGUAACACCAGAGAAGCUGGAAGCUGUGGAGACUGUUAUGGAGAGAGAAGAGAAGGUUGAGGAACUUCCUGUUGCACCCGUCAUCCUCCACAAGAUCAGAGACAAGAGCACCAAAGAAGGGAAGGCAGUGAAAUUUACUUGCACUGUGACUGGAACACCCCAGCCUGAAAUCAAGUGGUUCUUAAACAAGGAUCUUCUUGAGGCAAGUACUCAUUUCAUUCAAACCUUUGAGGAAGAUGUUGCCUCAUUGACUAUUGAGCAUCCAAAACCUAAGGAUGCUGGAGAGUACAAGUGUGUGGUCGUCAACACAGCAGGAGAAGAUGUCUGCAAAGCCAAGUUGACCGUGAUUGAAGUCAAAAGAGGACCAUCAUUUAUCGAGAAGCCACAGGUUGAAGAUACACCUGAAGGUAAUGAGGCCAUCUUCCGAUGCAAGGUUGAUGGUUUCCCCAAACCUGAAAUUACAUGGAACAAAGGUUGGAAACAGAUUACAAGUGGAGGAAGAUUUGCUAUCACCUUUGACGAGGAUACUGAUGACAGUGUCUUGACAAUUAAGGACACAACCCCCUCAGAUGCUGGGAAGUACACUUGCUAUCUGAAGAGUCCUCUAGGACAGGACAGCUCCACAGUGAGUUUAAAAGUCACACCUAAGCCCGAAGAGAAACCUGAGGAAGAAGACAAACCAGAUGAAAAGCCUGAGGAAAAAGCUCCAGUCCCAGAAGUUGAGCAAAUUGAGGCAGUGCCUGAGGUUUUGAAACCAGAGGAGGUUCCUACAGAAGUAAUUUCUGUUGAGGAGGUCGAAGCAGUCCCUGAAGAGAAACCAAAGGUCCCAUCAGCUAAAGUUGACAUUGAAGCAGUGGCAGAGGAACAAGCUGAGACUGAAGUAGCAUUCAAGGUCAAGCCCCAUGUCAAAGAAGAAGUGGUUCUUCCAGUAAGCACUGAGCCCGAGGAAGUCAGUGUGGAAGUUGUCCUAGAAGAGGAGACCAAACCUGAGGAAGUUCCUGAAAGGAAGCCGACCUUCACUGUGAGUUCUGAGGAGGAAGUCAGCAAAGUUUUUAAACCUAAAGUUUCUGUGAAGGCUGAGGAACAGGUGGAUUCAGCAGUUACUGCCCAGUUCAAGCCUCACCAAGAAGAAGAAAUUGAAGUGCAAGCUGCAUUCAAGAGACCAGAAGAAGAAAAACCGGCAGCUGUUCCUGUAGAAAAAGCAGCUGCUAAACCUAAGCCAACCUUUAUUGAAGAGGAGCUUCCUUAUGCAGCUCCAGCCUAUCCGGAAAAGUUGGAAGGUCUUCCAGAAGAAGAGCUAGAGACAGCAGUCACUAAACACAUUCUGCAGCCAACAGAUGAAGCUGGUGAACUUCCAUCUGCAGAGGAGGUAGUUCCCAUCGAAGCUACUCCCAAACUCGCUCCUACAGAUUUCUUAGACAUUUCUGAGAAGAAGCCAGAAAAGAUCAGAGGCUUUCCAGAAAAAGAGGCUGUGCCUGAAGAGUUGGAAGAGGUAGAAGCCAUUCCAGAAGUAACACCAGAGAAGCUGGAAGCUGUGGAGACUGUUAUGGAGAAAGGGGAGAAGGUUGAGGAACUUCCUGUUGCACCCGUCAUCCUCCACAAGAUCAGAGACAAGAAAGUGAAAGAAGGAACACCCAUGAAAUUCACAUGCACCGUUUCUGGGGAACCCAAGCCGGAAGUCCAAUGGUUCAGGGAUGGCACUCUCCUUCAACCUUCCAGUAAAAACAUCCAGACCUUUGAAGCUGACACAGCCGUCUUGGCUUUACCCAAACCUAAACCAAGGGAUGCUGGCGAGUACAAAUGUGUUGCUAUCAAUCCAUCAGGGGAAGAUUACUGUACCGCCACACUGAUUGUUCAAGAAAUAAGGAAAGCACCAUCAUUUGAAGAAAAACCAACAGUACCAAGUACACCUGAGGGUACUGAUGCCGUUUUCCGCUGCAAAGUGGAAGGCUCCCCCAAACCGGAAGUCUCUUGGUCCAAGGGCUGGAAGCAGAUCAAGCCAGGAGCAAAGAUAGACAUCACCUUUGACGAUACAACCCAGGAGAGUGUGCUGACUAUCAAGGAUGUCAAGCCUUCUGAUGCUGGCAAGUACACCUGCAAGCUGAGCAACCAACUGGGAGAAGAGAAGGCCGACGUCAGUCUGGUGGUCACCCCAAAACCAAAAGAAGAGAAGAUCCCAGAGAAGCCUGAGAUGAAGGAGGAAAAGAAACCAGAAGAAAAAGUUGAACCACUGCCUACUGAGGAGAUGAAGCCAGCCAAACUAGAGGAGAUGCCUGCUGAGGUGACGCCAGAAAAGAUUAUUCCUGUCACUAAGGCGGAGGUAGAAACUGCACCAACCCAAGAACCAGAAGGUCCAGCAAAGUUUGUUGCAAAACCUGGAGCUUUUGUUGAGUCUAUCGAAGAUGAGGAUGCCAUGAUCACUUAUGAGAUCAGUGAUGAUAUGACGGAUGUGAAAUGGUUCCGGGAAGGAGAGGAGAUUCAAGAAGGUGAAAAGUUUGCCUUCAAGAAGGAUGGGCGUCGUCGCUCCCUUGUUAUCAAAGACGCAACCCUUGAGGACAAAGCCAGGUAUAUGUGCGUUCUCCCAGAAGACAAGGCAGGCACAAAGCUCUUUGUGAAAGAAACUGUCCACAUUGUCAAUAUCCCAGAAGAGAUGACAAUCAAGGAGGCAGAUAAGGGAAUGCUGAAGGUGGAGUUCAACAAAGACGUCUCCCGUAAGAGGGUCACCUUCUUCAAGGAUGGCAAGGAGCUGAAGUCCAGCAAGAAGUACAAGAUUGUCCGCAAGGAGAACACGGCCACCUUGACCAUCAAUGAUGUGGUCCCAGAGGAUGCUGGAGAGUAUACAGUCACGGCAGAGGAGGUGAAGGCAACAGUGACGAUGUUUGUUGAAGAGAAGCCCAAACCCAACCCGCCAAUCUUUGUGCAGGUACCCAAGGCUCUGGACAUCAUUGAAGGUGAGUCUGCCACCUUUCGCUUCAAAGUUAGCGGUACUCCAGCUCCAACAAUUCAGUGGUUCAAAGGAUGGCGGGAGAUCACACCCGGUGAUCAGUUCUCCAUGACGUAUGACGAGGAGACCGACGAGCAUCGCUUCAUUAUCCAUUCUGUCACUAUCAAAGAUGCCGGCAAGUACCAGUGUCAGCUGGUCAGCGAGAACGGCCAGACCAAGUACGGCGUCUCUUUAAUGGUGCAAGAGAAGCCAGCAGAAGAGGCUCCGUUUGUCGUCCCAUUGAAGAGACGUCCCUCCCAGGAAGUCAAACAGCAAGAGGAAAUUGACAUCAUGGCACUCCUGCGGGGCAUUGAGCCCAAGGACUAUGAGAAGGUGUUGCGGGAGGCUGGCGUCUAUGACUUCCGAGCAAUCCUGAAGCAUCUCAAGAUGAUGCAGAAGGAGAUGGAAAUCGAGGAGGAGCCAGUCUAUGAGGUGCUGGCAGAAGGAGAUGAAAUUGAAGAAGUGGAAGCGCUGCAAAUCGAGUCGCCCAUUUUCUCAGUUGCACCUGCCCCAACUGUCUUGAGCCGUGCUGCUGAACCACCCAAAGAGGAGUUUCUGUUUGUGGAGGAGCUGGAACCAGUGAAUGUGGCACCCAGUGAGACAGCCGAGCUCAUCUGCACGGUCUCCAAUGAAGCAGCCAAAGUCAAGUGGUUCUGCGGGGAUGAAGAAAUCCUGAUAGAUGAUGGCAAAUACAAGACCAAACAAGAGCAGAGGAGGCACUCCUUGAUAAUCACUGAUGUGACCACAGAAGAUGCUGGAAAGUACUUGUGUGCAAUGGGAGAUAAAAUCACUUCAACGUUGCUCACAGUAACUGCAGAAAUGCCCGAAAUUUUGAAGGAUCUCCAGAGUCAGAAAGCUGAUGAAUCAGAAGAUGUUGAGUUCACCUGUGAGCUUACUGACGACCUCCCGGAGGAUGUCGAUGUCACCUGGUUCAAGGCAGACACCGAGAUUGAGCCUAGCGUCAAGUAUGAGUUGAAGAAGGACAAGCGCAGGUUGUCACUGGUUGUCCAUGACUUGAAGAAAGAGGACCAAGCUGCUUACACAGUGGCAAUUGGAGAAAGACGCUCUUCAGCAACUCUUCAAGUCAAAGCUUUCACUCUCACUCCACUGCAAGACACCAAAGCGACCGAAUUUGACAAGACUGCCACGUUUGAAUGCACAGUCUCCAGUGAGAAGGCUGUGGUGACGUGGCUGAAGGAUGGUGAGAAGAUUGAGGCUGGUCCCAAGUACGAGAUCCAAGAGGAUGGGACGCAACGUGUUCUCAUCGUUCACAAUAUCUCACCAGAAGACAGAGGGAACUUCAGCUGUGUUGUAGGCGACGUUGAGUCUGUAGCCGCACUGAGCGUUGAAGCCACCAAAAUAACCAAACCACUGAGAGAAACUGAGACUACGGAAAAAGAGACAGUCACCCUGACCUGUGAGGUAUCACAUGAGAAGGGUGUUGUCAAGUGGCUUAAAGAUGGCAAAGACCUUCCGGACAGUCCACGGUACAAGACCAAGGCUGAGGGUAAGGUUCGAUCCCUGGUGAUCGAGGAUGUACAGCGCGAUGAUGAGGGUGAUUACACCUGUGUCGUUGGUGAUGACAAGACUACGGCUGGACUCUUUGUCAAGCCACCACCAGUUGAGUUCCUGACCGAGCUAACACCGAUCCAAGUCACAGAGAGGCAGACAGCAGAGUUUGUCUGCGAGGUCUCGGACGAGAAAGCCGAGGUAACCUGGCUGCGAGACGGCAAACCAGUUGAGCCCAGCGACAAGUACCUGAUUGUCAAGCAAGGCCGGGAACGUCGCCUCUCUGUCACAAACACCGAGUUUCCUGAUGAAGCUGACUAUUCUUGCGUCAUUGGGGAUCGAAAAACGACAGCUGAGCUCUUGGUUGACGAAGCUGAACCGGAGAUCGUUGUGUCCAUGCAAGAUGUUAAAGUGACCGAAGAUCAAGAAGCAACCUUUGUCUGUGAGCUUGACAAGGACACGUCCGAUGUUGUCUGGCUGAAGAAUGGCAAGGAGAUUGAGGAAGAUGACACAAAGUUUGAAGUACAGCGUAAGGGCCGUCGACACUCACUGAUUGUCAAAGACAUUGGCUUGGAUGAUGCUGCCGCCUACACAUGCGUCGUUGGCAGGAAAGAAAGUUCAGCGUCGCUCAUUGUAGAAGAGAAACCCAUUGAGUUCACUGAGCCCCUCCAACCGCUCCGAGCUAGCCCCGGUGACUCAACAACCUUCGAGUGCACCCUCAACAAAGACAACGUCGAGGUGGUGUGGAUGAGAAAUGACAAAGAGAUUAAGCCCAGUGAUCACUUUGAGAUCAAGAAGGAUGGCAAGCAUCAUAAGAUGACAGUCAAAGGUGUUCAGUUUGAAGAUGACGCUGAGUACACUGUGAAAGUGAAGGGGGCAGAGUCUAAAUCAUCCCUGGUUGUACAAGCUCCACCAAAGAUUGAAAUAGACACUGACAAACUGACGGUCACCAUCAAAGCUGGCUCCAAGAUUGUCAUUGAGGCCACUGUCAUUGGCUCACCCAAACCAACUACUACCUGGUCCAAAGACGGCACUGAACUCCAUCCAGACAAGCGCAUCACCAUGACAGCUGACAACACCAUGAGGGCAAAGGUCAAACUGACCAUUGACAAAUCAGAGAGGACGGACCUGGGAGAGUACACAAUCCUCGCAGCCAAUGAUCUUGGUUCCGAUACGGUUAUUGUCAAAGUCAUAGUCCUUGACAAACCUCAACCUCCAAAUAAUCUCCGAAUCACUGGAAUCACUCCUACGACUGUCUCGCUCAUUUGGGAGCCCCCUGAGGAUGAUGGAGGCAGCCCAGUCACGGAAUACAUCAUUGAGAAGAGAGACAUGAAGCGUGCUACGUGGUCCAAGGCAGGAACCACCACCUCUGCAGAGCUGGGAUUCACCGUCAUGAAGCUCUUGGAAGGAAAUGAGUACUUGUUCCGUGUUAUUGCAGUGAACAAGCACGGGCAGAGUGAGCCACGAGUACUUGGAUCACCUGUUAUUGCCAAACAUCAAUUUGAUGUGCCUCAUCCACCGGCCAAGCCCCAAAUCUCAGACAUUGACAAGACCAAGAUGACGAUCACCUGGUCUCCUCCCGAAUUUGACGGAGGCAGUGAGAUUACUGGUUACAUUCUCGAGAGGCAGGAAGUUGGCCGUGAUCGUUGGGCCAAAGUUCACAAGGUCCCAUUGACCGAUACGAUGUUCUCCUGUACUGAUUUGAUUGAAGGAAAGGAGUAUAUAUUCAGGGUGAUGGCUGAAAACAAAGCUGGUUUGAGUAAACCGAGCAAGCCAUCAGAUACUCACAUGGCCAAACCACCCUAUGAUGUCCCAGGGGCACCCAGCAAACCACAACCAGAGAAUAUUGAUGUUACUACAAUCUCCAUCACAUGGAACUCGCCUGAAUCAGAUGGUGGCUCCCCUGUGACUGGAUACAUCAUUGAAAGAUGUGAUGUCAGCCGUGGUCGCUGGGUCAGAGCCAAUCGUGAGAAGGUGACAGAGCUCACGUUCAAAGUUACAGAUCUGGUGGAAGGUAACAAGUACCAAUUUCGUGUCUCGGCAGAGAAUCUAGCAGGUGUUGGCACACCUAGUGAACCAUCUGAUACCAUUGUGGCAAAACUGCCUUUUGAUGUCCCAGGAGCUCCAGAGAAACCGACUGUCAGUGACAUUGACAGCACUAAAAUGACUGUCAACUGGUCACCUCCAUCAGCUGACGGUGGUAGCCCUGUCACUGGUUACAUCUUGGAACGCAAGGAGAAGACAUCAUCUAGGUGGACAAAAGUGACUAGAGAACCAGUCACAGAGACAGCACUGACUGUGAAAGAGCUGAUCGAAGGCAAGGAGUACGAGUUCCACGUAGCUGCUGUCAACAAGGCUGGAAGUGGACCAUUCAGUUCUCCAUCAGAGCCAAGAACGGCCAAGCCACCUUAUGAUGUUCCAGGUGCCCCAGAACGGCCUGCUGUUAGUGACGUUGACAGCCAUCAAAUGACUGUUACAUGGGAAACCCCCUCUGUCGACGGUGGCAGCCCAAUCACCGGCUACAUCCUUGAACGCAAGGAGAAAACUUCCUCAAGAUGGAUGAGGGUCACCAAAGAGACCGUCAUUGAGAAAACACUGACCAUCAAAGAUCUAAAUGAGGGGAAGGAGUAUGAGUUCCGUGUGGCCGCCGUUAACAAAGCCGGAAUGGGUCCAUUCAGUAAGCCAUCAGAACAACAGAAGGCCAAACCACCUUAUGAUGUGCCAGGCCCUCCUGAGAGACCCACAGUUAGUGAUGUUGACAGCACUAAAAUGACAGUAGCAUGGACAGCGCCUUCUGUUGAUGGUGGUAGUCCAGUCACCGGCUUCAUCGUGGAACGCAAAGACACGACAUCCACCAGAUGGAUGAAAGUGACCAAGGAACCGAUCUCCGAAACAAACCUUAUUGUUAAAGAUCUCAUCGAGGGCAAGGAGUAUGAGUUUCAUGUUGCUGCUGUCAACAAGGCUGGAACUGGCCCAUUCAGUGCUCCGUCAGAACCAAGAAUGGCUAAGCCACCCUAUGAUGUUCCUGGAGCACCAGAGAAGCCUGAAGUGACAGCAGUUGACAGAACACAGAUCACUAUCACCUGGUCACCUCCAGAAUCUGAUGGUGGCAGUCCCAUCACAGGUUACAUCGUUGAGAAGAAAGAAACCUCUUCCACAAGAUGGACAAAAGCUCAGAGAGACUCAGUCACAGAAACAACACUGACUGUGAAAGAUCUGAUUGAGGGCAAGGAAUAUGAGUUCCAUGUAGCUGCUGUCAACAAGGCUGGAACCGGACCAUUCAGUGCUCCAUCGGAACCAAGAAUUACUAAAGCUCCUUAUGAUGUUCCAGGAGCACCAGACAAACCUGAGGUGACAGCAGUGGACAGAACACAGAUCACUAUCACCUGGUUACCUCCAGAAUCUGAUGGUGGCAGUCCCGUCACAGGUUACAUCGUUGAGAAGAAAGAGACCUCUUCCACAAGAUGGACAAAAGCUCAAAGAGAACCUAUCACGGCGACACUAUUGACUGUGAAAGAUCUGAUUGAGGGCAAGGAGUUUGAGUUCCGUGUAGCUGCAGUCAACAAGGCAGGAACCGGACCAUUCAGUGCUUCAUCAGAACCAAGAAUCACAAAACCUCCCUAUGAUGUUCCUGGAGCACCAGAAAGGCCCCAAGUGACUGCCGUUGACAGAACACAGAUCACCAUUACUUGGUCACCUCCAGAAUAUGACGGCGGUAGCCCAGUCACAGGCUAUAUCAUUGAAAAGAGAGAGAGAAGCUCAACAAGGUGGACAAAAGCUCAAAGAGACUCAGUCACAGAGACGACACUGACUGUGAAAGAUCUGAUUGAGGGCAAGGAAUAUGAGCUCCGUGUAGCUGCUGUCAACAAAGCUGGAACAGGACCAUUCAGUGCUCCCUCUGAACCAAGAAUCACAAAACCACCAUAUGAUGUUCCUGGAGCACCAGAGAAGCCUGAAGUGACAGCAGUUGACAGAACAGAGGUCACCAUCACCUGGUCACCUCCAGAAUCUGAUGGUGGCAAUCCCAUCACAGGUUACAUCAUUGAGAAGAAAGAGACCUCUUCCACAAGAUGGACAAAACCUAAAAGAGACUCAGUCACAGAAACAACACUAACUAUGAAAGAUCUGAUUGAGGGCAAGGAAUAUGAGUUUCGUGUAGCUGCUGUGAACAAAGCUGGAACCGGACCAUUCAGUGCUCCAUCAGAACCAAGGAUCACGAAACCUCCGUAUGAUGUUCCAGGAGCACCAGAGAGGCCAGAAGUGACUGCAGUUGACAGAACACAGAUCACUAUCACCUGGUCACCUCCAGAAUCUGAUGGUGGCAGUCCCAUCACAGGUUACAUCGUUGAGAAGAAAGAGACCUCUUCCACAAGAUGGACAAAAGCUCAAAGGGAACCUGUCACAGCGAAAACAUUGACUGUGAAAGAUUUGAUUGAGGGCAAGGAGUAUGAGUUCCAUGUGGCCGCAAUCAACAAAGCUGGGAUGGGCCCAUUCAGUAAGCCAUCAGAACUACAGAAGGCCAAACCACCUUAUGAUGUGCCAGGUCCUCCUGAGAGACCCACAGUUAGUGAUGUUGACAGCACUAAAAUGACAGUAACAUGGACAGCACCUUCUAUUGAUGGAGGUAGUCCAGUAACUUGCUACAUUGUAGAACGCAAAGACACGACAUCCACCAGAUGGAUGAAAGUGACCAAGGAACCAAUCUCCGAAACAAACCUUAUUGUCAAAGAUCUCAUCGAGGGCAAGGAGUAUGAGUUCCACGUUGCUGCCGUGAACAAGGCCGGAACCGGACCAUUCAGUGCUCCAUCAGAACCAAGAAUAGCUAAGCCACCCUAUGGUGUUCCUGGAGCACCAGAGAAGCCUGAAGUGACAGCAGUUGACAGAACACAGAUCACUAUCACCUGGUCACCUUCAGAAUCUGAUGGUGGCAGUCCCAUCACAGGUUACAUAGUUGAGAAGAAAGAAACCUCUUCCACAAGAUGGACAAAAGCUCAGAGAGACUCAGUCACAGAAACAACACUAACUGUGAAAGAUCUGAUUGAGGGCAAGGAAUAUGAGUUUCGUGUAGCUGCCGUGAACAAAGCUGGAACCGGACCAUUCAGUGCUCCAUCGGAACCAAGAAUCACUAAACCACCUUAUGAUGUUCCAGGAGCACCAGAGAAGCCUGAGGUGACAGCAGUGGACAGAACACAGAUCACUAUCACCUGGUCACCUCCAGAAUCUGAUGGUGGCAGUCCCAUCACAGGUUACAUCGUUGAGAAGAAAGAGACCUCUUCCACAAGAUGGACAAAAGCUCAAAGAGAACCUAUCACGGCGACCACAUUGAAUGUGAAAGAUCUGAUUGAGGGCAAGGAGUUUGAGUUCCGUGUAGCUGCAGUCAACAAGGCAGGAACCGGAUCAUUCAGUGCUCCAUCAGAACCAAGAAUCACAAAACCUCCCUAUGAUGUUCCUGGAGCACCAGAGAAGCCUGAAGUGACAGCAGUUGACAGAACACAGAUCACCAUCACCUGGUCACCUCCAGAAUCUGAUGGUGGCAGUCCCAUCAUAGGUUACAUCGUUGAGAAGAAAGAGACCUCUUCCACAAGAUGGACAAAAGCUCAGAGAGACUCAGUCACAGAAACAACACUGACUGUGAAAGAUCUGAUUGAGGGCAAGGAAUAUGAGUUCCGUGUAGCUGCCAUGAACAAAGCUGGAACCGGACCAUUCAGUGCUCCAUCAGAGCCAAGAAUCACUAAACCACCAUACGAUACUCCUGGAGCCCCAGGGAAGCCUGAGGUAACAGCAGUGGACAGAACACAGAUCACCAUCUCCUGGUCACCUCCAGAGUCUGACGGUGGUAGCACAGUCACUGGUUACAUCGUAGAGAAGAAAGAGACCUCUUCAACAAGGUGGACGAAAGUUCAGAGAGACUCAAUCAGAGAAACAACACUGAUUGUGAAAGAUCUUAUCGAGGGCAAAGACUAUGAGUUUCAUGUAGCUGCCACCAACAAAGCUGGAACAGGACCAUUCAGUGCUCCAUCAGAACCAAGAACAGCUAAACCACCUUAUAAUGUGCCAGGACCUCCAGGUAAGCCUGACGUCAUUGAAAUUGCCAAUACAUCCAUGACCUUGACCUGGACAGCUCCAGAAUCAGACGGUGGCAGUCCCAUCACUGGAUACAUCAUUGAGAGGAAAGACCGCUUCAGCUCAAGGUGGCUAAAGGUCAAAGAGACCUCCAUCUCAGAGACAGUGUACACAGUAAUAGAUCUUAAGGAGGGCACAGAGUAUCAGUUUAGAGUGUCAGCAGAGAACAAAGCCGGAAUUGGCAAGCCAAGCGAAGCCUCUGACAAGACAGUUGCCAAACCACCAUAUGAUGCCCCUGGUUCUCCAGGUAUACCAGAGAUAUCUGAUGUUGACUGCACCCACAUGACACUGACCUGGACUCCGCCAACCGAUGACGGUGGGGCUGACAUCUUGGGCUACAUCAUCGAGAAGUGUGAUGCUGACAGGAAACGCUGGGUCAAAGCUCACAAGGAAGACUUGAUAACUGACCUGACAUUCACCGUGUUAGACUUAGUGGAAGGAACUAACUACAUGUUUCGGGUUAGCGCUGAGAAUAUUGCUGGUAUUGGUGAGUCCAGCGAGGCAGCUGGUCCCCAGAAAGCAAAACCACCGUAUGACGUACCAGAUGCUCCAAAUAGUCCUGAUGUUUCAAACAUUGACAAGACCUCUGUCCUAGUCACAUGGAGUCCUCCGGAACACGAUGGUGGAGCAGAGAUCUCUGGUUACAUUGUUGAGAGGAGAGAUGCCGGCCGAGACCGAUGGGUGAAGACUCACAAGACACCCCUGAUGGACAACAGCUUCACUGCUACCGAUCUGAUCGAAGGAAAAGAGUAUGAAUUCAGAGUCAGUGCACAGAACAAGGCUGGCGUGGGCGAACCUAGUGCUCCUUCUAUUGCUAUCAAGGCAAAGUUGCCUUAUGAUGUACCAGAUGCUCCGGGCAUCCCCAAGAUCUCUGACAUCACAGAAUCCUCUAUGAAGCUGGACUGGACAGUACCAAAAUCUGACGGUGGUAAGGACAUCACCGAUUACUUCAUUGAGAAGAAAGACCGCUUCAGUCCACGCUGGAGCAAGGUGACCCAGGUACCAUCCACUGACACCUGUUGUACUGUGGAUGGGUUGAAGGAAGGCAAUGAAUACCAGUUCAGAGUGAUUGCUCUCAACAAGGCGGGUGCUGGCAAACCCAGUGAUUCCUCCAAACCAACAGCUGCCAAAUCACCAUAUGAUGUCCCUGGUGCCCCUAGUGCACCAUUCAUCUCUGAUGUAACAGCCACCUCCAUGACCCUGAACUGGACUCCACCCCACUCUGAUGGUGGCACCCCCAUCACUGGUUACACCAUUGAACGCAAGGACAAAUUCAGCUCUCGGUGGUCCAGAAUCACCAAGGAGCCUGUAUCAGAGACUACUUUCAAGGUGUCUGGCCUUAAAGAAGGGGAUGAGUACCAGUUCCGAGUGACAGCUGAGAACAUUCGAGGAGCUGGGCAGCCGGGUGAUGCUUGUUCCUUUGUGAAAGCCAAGCCUCCUUAUGAUAUUCCAGGCAAACCACCAGCUCCUAAAGUCACAGAUAUUGACAGCAGUCAAAUGACAGUCACAUGGUCACCUCCAGAGUCAGAUGGAGGAAGCUCCAUCACUGGUUACACCCUGGAAAUGAGAGACACAAGCUCCACACGUUGGGUGAAGGCAAUGCGGGAGAGUAUCACAGAAACAACAUUUACAGUGAAAGACUUGAAGGAGGGUACUGAGUAUGAAUUCCGAGUGACAGCUGAGAACAAGGCUGGGGCUGGUAAACCAAGCGAUGCAUCCAAGGCUCAAGUUGCCAAAUCCAAAUAUGAUGUACCAGGUGCUCCAGGGAAGCCUGUUGUCUCUGAUAUCACUGCCGUUUCCAUGACAAUCUCCUGGUCUCCUCCUGACUCUGAUGGAGGCAGCCCAGUCACAGGCUACAUCCUAGAGAAGCGAGAUGUCUCUAGCAAACGCUGGCUUAAGGUGUCUUCGGAAACAAUCACUGACUUGAGUUUUGACGUCACUGGUCUGACCCAGGGGUCAAGCUACGAGUUCAGGAUCAGUGCCCAGAACAAAGCAGGAACAGGAAAACCAAGUGUUCCCUCUGAUGUGACAGUGGCCAAGCCACCUUACGAUGUGCCAGGAGCUCCCAGUAAGCCUGAACCCUCAAAUGUGACAGAAACGACCAUCCACCUCAAGUGGUCUCCUCCAAAGUCCGAUGGUGGCAGUCCCAUCAUCUCAUACAUCAUUGAACAGCGUGAGAGCUUUGCUAGAUCCUGGACUCAUGCUCUGGAGACCAAGAUGAUCCAUGUUGAGUGCACAGUCAGCUGCUUGAAGCAGGGGACUGAGUACCAGUUUAGAGUCAGUGCUAAGAACAAGGCUGGCGUUGGGAAUCCAAGUGAACCAUCAAACCCUAUUGUUGCCAAAUUGCCAUAUGAUGUUCCUUCACCACCGGAGAAUGUCAAGCUGUCCAUUGUGUCACCAACAUCCAUCCAGUUGACAUGGAGUAUUCCAUCAAGUGAUGGCGGUUCUCCAAUUACCGGCUACUUCAUCUAUAAAAAGGAUGCUUUUUCCCCUAGAUGGAGUCAGAUCACCUCAGAGCUGAUUGAGGAAACCACAUACAAAGUGAAAGCACUAGAGGAGGGCUCUGAGGCAUUGUUCCACGUUACGGCCAUCAACAAUGCAGGCGAGAGCAAGCCGAGUGAGACUGUUGCUCUCAAGAUCCAGCCCCCAGGGGCUCCCGAUGCUCCAAAGAUUGAAAAAAUUGACAACAAAUCUGCCGUUGUGACGUGGUCAGCUCCGGACAACACUGGCGGCAGUCCCAUCACCGGUUAUUACCUUGAGAGACGAGACACUGCCAAGGAUCGCUGGGUGAAGGUCACCAGGGGAGCCAUCAAGGAGAUGCCAUUUGAAGUCAAGGAUCUUGUCAAGGAUGCAGAGUAUGAGUUCCGAGUGUCAGCUGAGAACAAAGCAGGCAUCGGAGAACCAAGCCAGCCAUCAAAGCGAGCUGUAGCCAAGCUGCCUUAUGAUCUGCCUGGAGCUCCAAGCAGACCUGAAAUUACAACCGUUGACAAGACGGAGAUAACCCUCACGUGGAACCCUCCUGAAUCUGACGGCGGUGCACCAAUCACUAGAUACAUCUUGGAGAAGAAGGACCAAUUCUCCUCCCGUUGGUCAGAAGUCAACAAAGUGACCAACACUGAAUACAAAGUGAAAGGACUCAAAGAAGGGUCUGAAUACCAAUUCAGGGUCAGUGCUGAGAACAAAGCUGGCGUUGGAAAACCAAGUGAGCCGAGCCAAUCCAAAGUUGCUAAACUGCCAUUUGACGUGCCAGAAUCACCCAAGAAUCUGACAAUCUUUGACCAAAAACCAACUUCACUUACUCUGAGUUGGUCAGCUCCAGCGACUGAUGGUGGAUCUCCUGUCACUGGCUAUGUCAUUGAAAGGAAGGACAAGGUUAGCAGCCGUUGGACAAGAGUCAACACUUCCUCCAUUGAAGAAACCAGCUUCAGUGUCACCGGACUCCAAGAAGGAACCGAGUAUGAGUUCAGGGUGAUUGCUGAGAACAAAGCGGGCCUAAGUAAGCCCUGUGACUCCGUGGCUUUGAAGAUCCACCCCCCAGGGGCUCCUGAUUCUCCAAAGAUUGAGAAGAUUGACAACAAAUCGGCCAUUGUGGCAUGGUCAGCUCCUGACAGCACUGGCGGUAGUCCCAUCACUGGUUACCAUCUCGAAAGACGAGACACUGCCAAGGAUCGCUGGGUGAAGGUUACUAGGGCAGCCAUCAAGGAGAUGACAUUUGAAGUCAAGGAUCUUGUGAAGGAUGCAGAAUAUGAGUUCCGAGUGUCAGCUGAGAACAAAGCAGGCAUCGGGGAACCAAGCCAGUCAUCAAAGAGAGCUGUAGCCAAGCUGCCUUAUGAUGUUCCUGGUGCUCCUAGCAAGCCUGAAAUAACUUCAGUUGACAAAACCGAAAUGGCAUUGACUUGGACUGUGCCAGAGUCCGAUGGCGGUUCACCAAUCACAAGAUACAUCUUGGAGAAGAAAGACCAAUUCUCCUCCCGUUGGUCAGAAGUCAGCAAAGUGACCAACACUGAAUUCAAAGUGACAGGACUCAAGGAGGGGUCUGAAUACCAGUUUAGGGUCUGUGCAGAGAACAAAGCUGGUGUUGGGAAACCAAGUAAACCAAGCGAAAUCAAACUUGCCAAACUGCCUUAUGAUGUCCCAGGUGCUCCUGGAACUCUUGAGGUCUCCGACAUCAAGCCAACAUCCCUCAGUCUCACCUGGACACCUCCAGAAUGUGAUGGUGGUUCCCCAGUCACCGGCUACGUCGUGGAGAAGAAAGACAAGUUCAGUUCUCGCUGGACAAAAGCCACCAUCACCUCAGUACAAGACACCACAUUCAGUGUGCUGGGUCUUCAAGAAGGCACGGAGUACGAGUUCAGAGUGAGUGCCGAGAACAAAGCUGGAUUGGGCAAACCCAGCAAUCCAGCCUCCUUGGAGAUUUCCCCGCCCAGUGCUCCAGGUAAACCAGAUGUGAGUGAGGUGACCGAUAAGGCAGUCAUGGUCAGCUGGAGCAUGCCCAAGUCCGACGGAGGAAGUAAGAUCCUUGGGUACAUCGUUGAGAAGUGUGACACCUCCAGAGACCGAUGGGUGAGGGUCAGCCGGAGCCUUUUGAAAGAGACUACACUCCAAGUUGAGGAGCUGACGGUGAAAACUAAGUACCAAUUCAGAGUUACUGCUGAGAACAAAGCUGGUAGUGGCCCAGCCAGCGAACCGUCUGAUAUUGUGGAAGCCAAACUGCCUUACGAAAUCCCAAUGUCACCGGAUAGACCAUCAGUCAGUGACAUCACAGCCAACUCUAUGACCCUGUCUUGGAGUGCUCCCACAUCUGACGGAGGCAGUCCCAUCACGUCUUAUGUCAUUGAGAAGAAAGAACCUUACGGCAAAUGGACGCAGGUUGCCAAGACCGAUGGAGAUUCUCACAAAGUGGUGGGACUGAAAGGAGGUCAGAAGUACGAGUUCAGGGUGGCUGCUGAGAACAAGGCUGGACGAGGGAGCUUCAGUGAGGCCACAGCUCUCACAGAGGCCAAGGAGCCUUAUGUGGUACCGGAUGCCCCAGGCACACCAGACAUUUCUGACAUCAAGCCAUCUUCACUAAAACUGUCUUGGACAGCUCCUGAUAAUGAUGGUGGAUCACCCAUCAUUGGCUACCUCAUCGAGAAGAAAGACAAGUUCAGCUCCCGCUGGACCAAAGUCAACAUUUCCUCCAUCAUAGAGAGGAAGUUCAAUGUCACCGGACUACAGGAAGGAGAGGAGUAUGAGUUUAGAGUCACAGCUGAGAACAAAGCAGGUCUGGGCAAGCCUAGCAACCCAGCCACCCUUAAAGUCAGCCCUCCGAGUGCCCCAGGCAAACCAGAAUUGAGUGAUAUCACCAACAAGGCUAUCACCUUGAAGUGGAGCGUGCCCGAAUCUGACGGCGGCAGCCGCAUUACAGGUUACUUCAUUGAGAAGUGUGACACGUCGAAGGAGAGAUGGGUGAAAAUCAACAGGACUGUUGUCAAAGAGACGACAUUAAGAGUGGAGGAACUGACGGCCAAGACGGAGUACCAGUUUAGAGUCAGUGCUGAGAACAAGGCCGGCACUGGACCUGCUGGCGAACCCUCUGAAGCUGUGAUUGCUAAACUUCCUUAUGACAUACCCAAGUCACCAACCACACCAACCAUCAGUGACAUCACCUCCAAGUCCAUAACCCUUUCUUGGGAUGCACCCAGAUCAGACGGAGGAAGUCCCAUCACCAAUUAUGUCAUUGAGAAGAGGGAACCCCUUGGCAAGUGGCUCCAAGUAGCCAAGACACCAGACACGUCUUACACUGUCAAGGGUCUAAAGCAAGGCCUUGAGUAUGAGUUCAGAGUUGCUGCUGAAAAUAAAGCUGGAAUUGGCAGCUUUAGUGAGGCAUCUGAUGCAACAGUUGCCAAAGAGCCUUAUGAUGUGCCAGGAGUACCAGGAACUCCAGACAUUUCAGAUCUGAAGCCAACAUCACUAACUCUGAGCUGGACAACUCCUAAGAGUGAUGGUGGAGCUCCAAUUACCAAUUACACCAUCGAGAAGAAAGAUAAGUUCAGCUCUCGCUGGACUAAGGUCAACAUCACCUCAGUCACGGGUACCAUCUUCAAUGUCACCGGUCUCCAGGAGGGGACAGAGUAUGAGUUCAGAGUGACGGCCGAGAACAAAGCUGGUCAGGGCAAACCAAGCAGUCCAGCUUACUUGAAGAUCACAAGACCAGAUGCUCCCGGUAAACCUGAGGUCUCUGACAUCACCAACAAAUCUCUCAUCCUAACCUGGUCAGCACCUGAGUCUGACGGAGGUAGUAAGAUCCUUGGUUACAUAAUUGAGAAGUCGGACACUUCAAGAGACCGAUGGGUGCGAGUAAACAGGAGCCUUGUGAAGGAGACUACACACCGAGUGGAGGACCUGACUGCUAAGACUGAGUACCGGUUCAGAGUGAGUGCUGAGAACAAGGUUGGAACUGGACCUACAAGUCAACCCUCUGAUGCUGUUGUGGCUAAACUUCCAUUUGAUACACCAGCCUCACCUAGCAAACCAACCGUCAGCAAUGUCACCGCACAUUCCAUGACCCUGUCGUGGAAACCGCCAACAGAUGAUGGAGGGGCAAAGAUCAAGGGUUACAUCAUCGAAAAGAAAGAACCCUUCAGUACCAAAUGGUCUCCCGUCAGCAGUACAGAAGACACAUCCUUCACCCUGACAGGAUUGAAGGAAGGGACAGAGUAUGAGUUUAGGGUGGCAGCAGAGAACAAGGCUGGGGUGGGUGCAUUCAGCCCUGCUACGGCCCCGACAAUGGCAAAGGAACCAUAUGAUGCACCAGAUGCCCCAGGUACUCCUGAACCAACAGAUGUCACUGAACAUUCCACCACAUUGACCUGGACUCCUCCAGCAUCUGAUGGAGGCAGCAAAGUCCUUGGUUAUAUCGUUGAGCGUAAAGAUGCCUACAGCACCAGGUGGACGAGAGUCACCAGAGACCGAGUCAGUGAAACCACACUGAAGGUGACAGACGUCAAGGAGAAUUCUGAAUACACAUUCAGAGUGAUCGCUGAAAAUAAGGCAGGACCUGGGAAACCUAGUGAGCCAUGUGCACCUGUCAUCGCCAAACGUCCCUAUGAUGUUCCAGGUGCCCCAGGAACUCCGUCUGUCUCUGAAAUCACAGCUACCAGCAUGACUUUGUCCUGGACCCCUCCUGACUCAGACAAUGGUUCACCCAUCACCUCUUACAUCAUAGAGAAGAAGGAGAAGUUCAGCACUCGCUGGAGCCGAGUCAAUCCGCUGUCGGUCACUGACACAACGUACCUUGUUAAGAACCUCAAAGAGGGUGAUGAGUAUGAGUUCCGGGUGAGCGCUGAGAACAAGGCUGGAGUCAGCAAACCAAGUCAGUCUGCUGGACCUGUGGUUGCUAAACCUCCAUAUGAUGUUCCUGAGGCUCCUGGAAAGCCCAAAGUCACCGGCACAACUGCCAAGACAGCCAAUAUCACCUGGUCUGCCCCGCCAUCGGAUGGAGGCAGUCCCAUUAAGAAUUACGUCAUCGAAAGAAAAGACAGGUUCUCCACACGAUGGACUGUUGCCAACAGAGAUGAAAUGGUAACCGAGACCAGCUAUGUUGUCAGAGACUUGAAGGAGGGUGAAGAAUACCAAUUCAGAGUAGCUGCAGAGAACAAAGCAGGAGUUGGGAAACCAUCUGAACUGUCGGAGCUAAGAGUUAUCAAACCAGCAUAUGAUGUUCCUGGAGCUCCAGAGGCCCCUUCCAUCUCUGAUGUCACAAGCACAACAAUGACACUGACCUGGUCUCCCCCAGAGGAGGAUGGUGGCAGCCCAGUCACUGGCUACAUCAUCGAGAAACGAGAUAGGUUCACCACCAAGUGGACCAAGGUCAACAGGUACACAGUGAUCGAGACGAGCUUCAAGGUGAGCGAGUUGAGGGAGGGCACUGAGUACGAGUUCCGAGUGGCAGCUGAGAACAAGGCUGGAGUGGGCAAGUUUAGCGAGCCGUCUCAGAAGAAGGUUGCCAAGCAACCAUACGAUGUUCCUGGCGUACCUGGUAUUCCAGAUAUCUCUGACAUCAUGGCCACAGCACUCAAUCUCACAUGGACAGCUCCCUCUAGCGACGGUGGCAGCCCAAUCACUACUUACAUCGUUGAGAGGAAGGAGCAGUUUGCUAGUCGCUGGAGCAGGAUCAAUAAAGAAUCGGUCACUGAACUCACCUACAAGGUGACUGGCUUGACUGAAGGCAAUGAGUAUCAGUUCCGAGUGACUGCAGAAAACAAGGCCGGCCCAGGAAAGCCUAGCCAGCCUACAGCAAUGGUCAUUGCCAAACAUCCUUACGGAGUCCCAUCUGCUCCAAGCACUCCAACACUCUCCAAUGUCACCAGCACCUCGAUGACCCUGACUUGGUCUCCGCCCGAGUUUGACAAUGGUAGCCCUAUCACUGGCUACGUCAUUGAGAAACGCGAUCGCAUGAGCACCCGCUGGACAAGAGUAAACAGGGAGACUGUUACAGAGACUGCUUACAAUGUGACUGGCCUGAUUGAAGGAUCAGAGUAUGAGUUUAGAGUCAGUGCGGAGAACAAGGCAGGAAUUGGAGAACCAAGCCAACCAUCGAGGUCAACCAUUGCCAAACCUCCUUAUGACAAACCGGAUGCACCAGGCCAGCCUACCAUCUCCAACAUCACUGCCUCCUCUAUGACAUUGACUUGGACUCCACCCACAUUGGACGGAGGUAGUCCCAUCACCGGUUAUGUCAUUGAGAAGAAAGACCGCUUCAGUACUCGCUGGUCACGAGUCAAUGACUACAGCAUUCAAGACGUCGAAUACAUUGUGAGUGGUCUGAAGAAGGGCACUGAGUAUGAGUUCCGAGUAGCUGCUGAGAACAAAGCAGGAGUUGGGAAGCCCAGUGAGUCGACUGGCUACAAAGUUGCUAAACCACCAUACGAUGUGGCUAACACACCUGGCACCCCAGAGAUCACUAACAUCAAGCCAACCUCGGUUACCCUCAAUUGGUCCCCUCCUGACUCGGACGGUGGCUCCAACAUCCUUGGCUACAUCAUCGAGAAGAAAGACAAGUUCUCACCCCGCUGGACCCGCGUCAACACCUCCUUGGUUGAAGACACCAGCUUCACUGUCAAGGGACUGUCCGAGGGACAGGAGUGCGAUUUCAGAAUCAUCGCCGAGAACCAAGCUGGUUCAAGUAAACCUAGCAAUGUGUCCACCUAUCACAUCCAGCCGCCCGAUGCUCCCAGUGGUCCGGAUGUCUCCAACAUCCAGGAGAACUCAGUCACGCUUACCUGGUCUCCACCACAGGCUGAUGGUGGCAGCAAAAUUACCGGUUACUAUGUGGAGAGGAGGGAUGUUGCCAAAGACCGCUGGGUGCGAGUCAACAGAAUGCCUGUGAAGGAGACUAGGCUGGUUGUCCCUGACUUGAUGACAAAUGCUGAGUAUGAGUUUAGAGUGAUUGCUGAGAACAAGGCUGGACUUGGAAAACCAAGUGAGCCUACUCAGCAGAUCUUGGUUAAACCACCCUAUGACAUCCCUGAACCUCCUAGCACUCCUGAGGUGUCAGACAUCACCAAGACAUCUGCCUCGGUGUCAUGGCAACCACCCAUAUCAGACGGAGGUAGCAAGAUCACAGGCUACGUGGUGGAAAUGAAGGAGCAGUACUCCACCCGAUGGACCGCGGCAGCCAAACCUCGGGACACAGAGUGCAAGAUCACCAAACUGAGUCCUGGCAGGGAGUAUGAGUUCAGAGUGAGAGCUGAGAAUAAGGCAGGACUCAGUGAGCCAAGCAGGCCAUCUGCAAGCUUUGUUGCCAAGGACGCUUAUGAUGUUCCUGAUGCACCCAGCCGACCAACAACAAGUAACAUCCAGGAGCACUCUGUCAUGUUGUCAUGGUCACCACCAGCAUCCGACGGGGGAGCCAAGAUCUCGGGCUACAUCAUUGAGAUGAAGGAGGAAUUCACUAGCAGAUGGACUCAGAUAAACAGAGAGCGUAUCACUGACACAGAAUUCACUGCAACCAAGCUAAAAGAGGGAGCUCAGUACGCGUUCCGAGUGAGUGCCGAGAACAAGGCUGGCGUAGGCAAACCCAGCGAGCCAUCAGCAACAGUCACUCCCAAGAAACCAUAUGGUGUGCCAGAUGCCCCUGGCAAACCAAAAGUGACCAGCUCAACAUCCAGCUCUGCUUCUAUCACAUGGUCACCUCCAUCAUCCAACGGUGGUAGCCCCAUCACAGGUCACAUCAUCGAGAAACGGGAAGACGGAAUGGGCCCCUGGACCAAAUGCAGCCGGUACGAGAUCACCGAGACAUCCUUCACCGUGAGAGACUUGAUGGAAGGGAGUGAGUAUGAGUUCAGGGUGAGCGCUGUCAACAAGGCUGGCGUUGGCAAACCUAGUGCACCGUCGGAUAGUGUGACUACCAAACCAUUGUACGUUGCUCCCAAUGCACCAAGCAUUCCUGAAGUGACUGAUUCAACAUCUCGCUCCGUCAGUCUCUCCUGGAGCAAACCCAAAGACGACGGCGGUGAUCAAAUCACCAAUUACAUCAUCGAGAAGAAAGAACCAUUCAGCAUCCGUUGGACGGAGGUCGGUCGUACUCCGGAUACCAGCUUCACCGUCAACGGUCUCAAGGAAGGGGAGGAGCUACAGUUUAGAGUGACGGCUGAGAACAAGGCCGGACCUGGCAAACCGAGCCAAGACACUGGUAAAGUCAUCGUGAAACCACCCUAUGAUGUUCCGGAUGCGCCUGGGAAGCCAACAGCCUCCGAUAUCAACUCAACCUCCAUGACAGUCAAUUGGACUGUGCCCAAAUCAGACGGAGGCAGUCGUAUCAUCACCUACAUCAUCGAGAUCAAGGAGCAAUUCUCCACCUACUGGAAGCGAGUCAAUCCCCAGGAGGUGACAUCAACUUCCUUCAAGGUGUCAUCCCUGAAGGAGGGUGGCAGCUAUGAGUUCAGAGUGAGUGCUGAGAACAAGGCAGGGGUCGGCAAACCAAGCACGGUGUCAGAGACGUUCAUUGCCAAGCUACCAUACGAUGUGCCAAGCCAGCCUGGUGCUCCAGACAUCUCCAACAUCCAACCCACUUCCAUGACCCUGUCAUGGACUGCACCAACUUCUGAUGGAGGUAGUCCACUCACAGGCUACAUCAUCGAGAGGUGUGACACAAGCAGUAGUCGCUGGGUCCGCGUCAAUAAGUACACGGUUAAGGACUUGAGUUACACUGUGACUGACCUGAGGGAAGGCUGCGAGUACAAGUACAGGGUGAGCGCUGAGAAUGCUGCAGGCAUCAGCAAACCCAGUGAGGAAUCAACGGCAAAGGUUGCCAAACAUCCUUAUGAUGUCCCUGGUGCUCCAUCAAGACCACAGAUAUCACACAUCGAUACCACCAAGAUGACUGUUAGCUGGUCCCCUCCAGACUCCGAUGGCGGCAGUCCAAUCACCAACUACAUCCUGGAGCGUAAGGAUAAGUUCUCUACUCGUUGGAUGCGAGUGACUCGUGACAGGAUCUCAGAGACUGAGUUUACCGUGCAGGGUUUGAUGGAGGGGACUGCGUAUGAGUUCCGAGUUUCUGGUGAGAACAAGGCAGGAACCGGACCUGCUAGUGAGCCUUCGGAGAGCAAAGUGGCCAAGACUCCUUAUGAUGUCCCUGAUACACCAGGCACUCCGGAUGUAUCUGAUGUCACAUCCUCAUCAAUGGUUCUCACAUGGGCAGAGCCAUUCUCAGACGGGGGCAGUCCCAUCACCAACUACAUCAUUGAGAAGCGCGAUCGCUACACUUCCCGCUGGACUCGCGUCAACAAGUACAACAUCACAGAAACAACCUUCACUGUGACUGAUCUGAAGGAAGGUUCAGAGUACGAGUUCCGUGUCUCAGCUGAGAACAGAGCAGGUGUUGGUAAACCAAGUGAGCCAUCCAGUUUGGUCAAGGCAAAGCCGCCUUAUGAAUCCCCGUCAUCACCAGCUGCUCCUUACAUCUCAGACAUCACGGCCGAUUCUAUGACCCUCUCCUGGUCACCUCCUAAGACUGACGGAGGCAGUCCCAUCACUGGCUACUACGUCGAGAAGAAGGAUCGCUUUGGCCUACGCUGGACAAGAGUCAACCGCGAACCUACCCAGGAUACUACAUUGAGGAUACCGGGACUGUCUGAGGGUGAGGAGUACCAGUUCAGGGUGGUUGCCGAGAAUAGAGGAGGUGAAGGGAAGCCUUGCGAGCCAACAGAACCAACAGUUGCCAAGGCACCAUACGAUGUUCCUGGUGCACCCAGCGCUCCUCAGAUCACCAAGGUCACUGAGUCCACCAUGAGCCUGCACUGGGCUGAACCUCUCUUUGACGGAGGCACUCCCAUCCUGGGCUACCACAUUGAGAGGAAGGACGCCAUGGGCAGACACUGGACUCGCAUCACCCGCGAACCUGUCAACGAUGUCACCUACAAGGCUACUGGAUUGAUGGAGGGUUCUGAGUACGAGUUCCGGGUAUUUGCUGUUAACAAGGCUGGAGUCGGUAGUCCAAGUAAUGUUUCAGAUGUCGCCAAAGCAAAACCACCUUAUGAUGUACCUGGUGCUCCAGGAAUGCCAGUCAUCUCAGACACCACCUCUUCCUCCAUGCACCUCUCCUGGUCUGAGCCGGAAUCAGAUGGAGGCAGUCCAAUCACCGGCUACCUCAUUGAAAAGAGAGAGCGGUUCAGCACUCUCUGGACGCCGGUGACCAAGCGAGAAGUACCCGAGGCAUCCUACACAGUGACUGGUCUGACAGAGGGAAUCGAGUAUGAGUUCCGAGUAGCCGGUCAGAACAAGGCAGGGGCCGGGAAGUUUAGUGAGCCAACAAGACCCACUGUUGCCAAACCACCCUACAAUGUUCCUGGCUCUCCUAGUUCCCCUGAAGUCACAGACAUUACACCCAACUCAAUGACUCUUCACUGGUCCCCACCAGCAUCCGAUGGCGGCAGCCCCAUCACAGGCUACAUCGUGGAGCGUAAGGACACCAGCAAGAUGGGUUGGACGGUGGCCAAUAGGGUACCCAUCUCAGACACGUCUUUCACUGUGCCCAACCUGAGAGAAGGAACAGAGUACGAAUUCAGGGUCAUUGCUGAGAACAAGGCAGGAACUGGCAAACCGGGCGUUGCCUCACAACCAAAACUUGCCAAGGCUCCAUAUGAUGUGCCAGAUGCUCCAGGCACACCACAGAUCUCCAACAUCACCGCGACCUCAAUGACCCUCGCCUGGUCUCCGCCCAAGUCUGACAACGGCAGUCCAGUCACCAACUACAUCCUGGAAAUGAGACAAGACUUUUCCAUGCGCUGGACCAAGAUCAGUGCGUCUGUUUUGGAGACAACCCACACUGUGACUCGGCUGACCGAGGGCAGCAAGUAUGUCUUCAGGGUAGCUGCAGAGAACAAAGCUGGCCCUGGUCAGUUCAGUGAGCCAUCUGACCAAGCCAUAGCCAAACCACCAUACGAUGCACCAGGAUCACCAGACACACCUACGGUCUCUGAAGUCACUGCAAAUACUGCCCUUUUGAGUUGGUCUCCACCCAGCGAUGAUGGUGGUGCUGCCCUCACAGGUUACGUCAUUGAAAAGAAGGAUAAGUUCUCAACGCGUUGGACUAAAGUGGAUGAGGUGAAUGCAGAUGCAACCUCAUUCAAUGUACGUGGCCUAUCUGAGGGGAACGAUUAUGAAUUCCGCAUUAGUGCUACAAACAAGGCUGGAGUUGGCAAACCAAGCGACUCAUCCAACCGAUUCACAGCUAAGGCUCCAUAUGAUGUUCCCGAUGCACCAAGUGCCCCGACAAUCCUAGAAUCCACAAACUCGUCCAUGACUCUAUCUUGGGCACCACCCGUCAGUGACGGCGGUAGCCCCAUCACCGGUUACAUCAUUGAGAGACACGAUCUUAGCACCAGUCGCUGGAUUAAGGCGCACAGGGAACCAUUGACAGAUACGACAUACACUGUGCGAGAUCUGACAGCAGAUAAGAAGUACGAGUUCCGAGUCAGUGCUGAGAAUAAGGCAGGCGUUGGAAGAACAAGUGAGCCAUCAGCUGCCCGAGUGGCUAGACCUCCAUAUGAUGUGCCAGAUGCCCCUGGCAAACCACAGAUAACCAAGACAGACAGCACAGAAAUGACUAUCACCUGGGCCCCACCAGCCUCAGACGGUGGCAGCAAGAUCAUCAGCUACAUCAUCGAGAAGAGAGAUCGUUUCAGCACUCGCUGGCAGAAGAUCAACCGUUACUCAGUCACUGAUACCACUUUCCAAGCCACGGGACUGAGUUUCAAGAUGGAGUAUGAGUUCAGAGUGAGCGCUGAGAACCAGGCAGGUGUUGGCAAGCCUAGUGAGCCAUCUGAUGCUGCUAUUGCUAAGCCUCCUUAUGAUGUGCCUGAUUCUCCUGAGAAUGUCAACGUCAGAGAAACAACUUCCAACUCUGCCUCCCUGACCUGGAGCCCGCCUCACUCAGACGGUGGAGCACCCAUCACAGGCUACAUCAUCGAGAAGAAAGACCAAUACAGCUCCCGCUGGACUAGAGUUAACCGCAUCCCAAUCCUAGAGACCGAGAUGACAGUGCCUGACUUGAAGGAAGGAUUUGAGUAUGAGUUUAGGGUCAGUGCCGAGAACAAGGCUGGCGUGGGACGGAUAAGUGAGCCAUCUAGACCUACAGUGAUAAAACCACCAUUUAAAAUACCAGGUACACCUUCUGCCCCAACAAUCUCCGACAUCACUAGUACAUCCAUGACCCUCUCUUGGUCACCUCCAUCUUCCGAUGGUGGCAGUCCAAUCACAGGCUAUACUGUUGAGAAGCAAGAGCCCUUCAGCACUCGUUGGACACCUGUUGAGACAUUCACUGGCACCUCAGGAACUGUCGGAGGUCUUCGUGAGGGGACCGAGUACCAGUUCCGAGUUGUCGCUGUCAAUAAGGCAGGCAACAGCAAACCUAGCAUGUCCAGUCAGCCAAGAGUGGCUAAACCUCCAUAUGAUGUACCAGGCCCUCCUAGUACUCCGUCCAUCAAUGAAACAACAGCAACUUCGAUGACACUCGAGUGGUCCCCACCUCUCUCCGAUGGUGGUUCCAAGAUCAUCGGCUACGUCAUCCAAAAGAAGGAAAAACUCGCCCUGCGAUGGGUACCUGUGAAUCAACUGAGCAUAGCAGAGACGACAUACACUGUCAGGGAUCUAGUGGAGAAGUCGGAGUACCAGUUUAGGAUCUUGGCUGAGAACAAGGCUGGGUUUGGUCCACCAAGUGACUCAUCCGAGACCAAGAUGGCAAAACCAGCUUAUGAUGUUCCUGGCCAGCCUGAAGCCCCAACUGUCUCUGACACUACCAAGUCAACCAUCAGACUCACCUGGUCCCCUCCAUUGUCAGAUGGAGGAAGCAAGAUCACCGGCUACAUCCUCGAGAAGAGAGAGCCCUUCGGCUUCAAGUAUACCCGAGUGACCACCCGCUCAAUCCAGGAGACUGAGUACACACUCACCAACCUGAGGGAGGGUAGUCAGUACGAGUUCCGAGUGAGUGCUGAGAACAAAGCUGGAGUUGGUACACCGAGCGAGCCUUGCAGACCAGUCGUGGCCAAGGCUCCAUUUGACACUCCAAGUGCACCAGGAGUUCCUGAAAUCUCAGACGUGACUGGCACCUCCCUGACUCUCUCCUGGACUCCACCAGCCCACGAUGGAGGCAAUCCCAUUACCGGUUACACCAUCGAACGAGCAGAUCGUUACAGCACACGCUGGUCCCCUAUCACCAAGGAACCAGUGAGGGACUGCAGCUACGUGGUCAGGGAUAUUCCCAAGGGAGCGAUGUAUCAGUACCGAGUGGUUGCCGUCAACGACGCCGGGAUGGGUAAACCAAGUGACGCUACUGACGCCAAAGGACCUGCAGUUGCACCGAAACUUGACCUGAACAAGUAUCGUGACACACUGGUGGUCAGAGCCGGCACCACCUUCCAUCUGGAUGUCCCCUACAAAGCCCAACCCAGACCAGUGGUCAAGUGGGACAAGGACGGCAUCCCGCUGGUGUCAUCAACCCGAGUCAAGAUUGAGACCAGUGAUCGCGAGACGGUCUUGACAGCCAAGAACUGUGUCAAGGCAGAUGAGGGUGCUUACAAGCUGAGCGUCAGCAACUCAGCGGGAAGCGAGAAUGCAAUUAUUCAUGUCCAGGUUCUUGAUCGUCCAAGCCCACCCCAAGGUCCUCUUGAGAUUCUGGACAUGGACAGCACCUUUGUCACCCUGUCCUGGCACCCGCCGUCAGACGACGGUGGAAGCCGUGUCACCCAUUACGCCAUCGAGAAGCGUGACAUGAAGAGGACGUCAUGGUCUCGUCUGCCAGUCCAUGUCAGUAACACCACCCACAGAGUGCAGAACUUGAUGGAAAAGGCAGAGUAUGGCUUCAGGGUGAUCGCCAUCAAUAAGAUUGGGGAGAGUGAACCGUUAGAAGGAACUGAAAAGAUCUUGAUGAAGAGCAAAUAUGAAGUCCCUGGUGCACCUAGCACCCCUCAGGUCACCGACACCACAGCAGAUUCAGUCAGUCUGUCCUGGCUACCCCCGUCAUUCACUGGCGGGGCUGAAAUAAUCGGCUACGUCAUCGAGAAGAAGGACCGCACCAGCAUCUACUGGAGCAAAGUGGCCAAGUUGGAUGGAGAUGAAACAUCCUGCAUUAUCACCAGACUCACCCGCGGUGGAGAGUAUCAGUUCAGGAUUUUGGCUGAGAAUCGUGUGGGUGUGGGAGCUCCCAGCGAGCCCUCCAUCAGAGUCAAGGCAGAAGAGGCAGCAGUUACCCCUAAACUUGGAGAAGUCAAAGAGCCCAUCACGGCCAAGGUUGGUACAACCGUGAGAGUAGAGGUACCAUACACCGGCUUCCCUGUGCCUCGCACAACCUGGACUAGAGAGGGUGCAUCACUGCCAUCGUCGCAGCGCAUGAAGGUAGAGACAACUGAUCGCGCAGUCGCCAUGAUCAUCAAGAACUGCGAGAGGUCCGAUGCAGGGAAUUACACGGUGACAGUCAAAAACGACGCCGGUAGUGACUCCACCAAGAUUGAAAUCAAGAUCUUCGACAAGCCCAGUCCCCCUCGUGGACCCUUAGAGCAAACCGACGUGACCGAGAAUGCAGUCACCCUAUCGUGGCGACCUCCUCAAGAUGAUGGAGGCAGUCGCAUCUUCAACUACAUCGUGGAGAAGCAAGGAGAGUCUGACUACAAGUGGAAACCAGUAACAGAGAAAAACAUCACGGACUUGACCUACCGAGUGACUGGCUUGAAGGAGUACAAGAGAUACCAGUUUAGAGUGAUGGCUGUUAAUCAGUUUGGUACCAGUGAGCCAUUGGAGGGACAGGCAGUGAUGCCCAAGGGACAAUACAAUGUUCCUGAUGCCCCUGACGCUCCUGAUGUCUCCAACAUCACCGUCGAUUCCAUGACCUUGUCCUGGAGUCCACCUCUACACGACGGUGGAGCACCGGUUACUGGCUAUGUGGUAGAGAUGAGGCAGACUACCAGUCCACGCUGGGUUAAGGCAACGCUCACACCUAUCCCUGACACUACAUUCAAAGUUAGUCGGUUGUUGAGAGGCAGUGAGUACGAGUUCCGAGUUUCUGCUGUCAACCGAGCUGGAACUGGUAACCCGAGUGAGCCGUCACAGAGCGUCAUCGCUGAAAAUCCUCCAGUACCUCCCAAACUGGACCUAGAUCUCAAGUACCAACGUGUGAUCACUGUCCGUGCUGGCACCUCCUUCCGUGUUGAGGUCCCCUACAAGGGCACGCCGGUACCCACCAUCAAAUGGAUGCACAACUCUUUAUCACAGGUUAGUCGGUUGUUGAGAGGCAGUGAGUACGAGUUCCGAGUUUCUGCUGUCAACCGAGCUGGAACUGGUAACCCGAGUGAGCCGUCACAGAGCGUCAUCGCUGAAAAUCCACCAGUACCUCCCAAACUGAACCUAGAUCUCAAGUACCAACGUGUGAUCACUGUCCGUGCUGGCACCUCCUUCCGUGUUGAGGUCCCCUACAAGGGCACGCCGGUACCCACCAUCAAAUGGAUGCACAACUCUGUCCCCAUCGAGCGUACCCUACGCGUCAGCAUAGAGACCAAUGACUUUGGCACCGUCCUGAACACAAGGAACUCGGAGAGGGAAGACAGCGGUGAUUAUGUUAUCACGGCUACCAACAAGGCUGGUGAAGCAUCAGCGACUCUAACAGUCAAGGUGUUUGAUAGACCAGGGCCUCCAGAAGGACCUUUACAAGUUGUCCGUCUUGGCAGCAAUGACGUCACUCUCUCCUGGAGCCCACCCUCAGACGACGGAGGCAGUCAGAUUGUCGGUUACAUCUUGGAGAAGCGUGAGGGCAGUAUGCGCAUGUGGAGCAAAGUAUCAGCAGCGCUGACGGAAUGCAUGCACCGAGUCAUCGGCCUCACUGAGGGGAAUGAGUACCAAUUCCGAGUCCGAGCUGAGAACAAGUCCGGUGUGAGUGAGCCCCUAGAAGGAGAAAAGGUCAUUCCUAAAGGGGACUAUGAGGUACCAGGCAAGCCGGGACCAGUCUCCAUCUCCAGUAUCCAUGGCGAUGCUGUCUCCCUCAAUUGGUCACCCCCAUCCAAGGAUGGAGGGGCCCCAAUUAGCGGUUACAUCAUUGAGAAACGAGACAGGGCUAGUGACGCCUGGAGCAGAGUCAACGCGGCUCCCAUAACAGACAGCAGUUACAAGGUGCCAAGGCUCAUCCAGGGGACUGAAUAUGACUUCCGUGUCAGUGCUGUGAAUAAGGCAGGAGUCGGGGAACCAGCAGCUACUCCAGGACCAGUUCUGGUGGAGAGACCUGCCGCCGCUCCAAAGCUUGAGCCUGGCGCUGUGUAUCGUGACAUCAUCAAAGUCCGUGCUGGAUCCAACCUACACAUGGACAUCCCCUGCCGAGGCAAACCCACCCCUACCAUCUCCUGGACCAAGGAUGGCUCAGAGAUUGCGAUAGAUGCCAUCAGAGUCCGGGCAUCCACCAAUGACUUUGCCACUAAUCUGACUGUCAAGAACACCGGAAAGGCUGACGCAGGUACCUACGUUGUCAGAGCAACAAACAAAGCCGGUUCAGACAGUGCUACCAUCAAAGUGGUGGUGUUGGACAAGCCCGGCCCACCAGAGGGUCCCUUGAAUACCUCUGACAUCACCAAGGAUUCCGUCACGCUGUCAUGGCAACCACCAACCGACGAUGGAGGCAGCCAGGUCACCAACUACAUCCUAGAGAAGCGCGAGGCGGACCGACUGACGUGGACCCGCGUGUCUGCCACCAUCAGGGGAACGCGCUACACGGUGACCAGUCUGAUUGAUGGCACCAAGUACAUGUUCAGAGUGCGAGCUGAGAACAAGUACGGACAGAGCGAACCACUGAAUAGCACCGAUGCAGUGCUCGUCAAGAGCCCGUUUGAUGUUCCUGAUGCACCUGGUACCCCUGAAGUCUCAGGCAUCACCGACACCACCAUGACAGUCUCCUGGAAACCACCUCGCAGCGAUGGAGGCUCAGAGAUCACCGGCUACAUACUGGAAAUGAAGGAAACCACGGGCGUCCGUUGGAUGAGAGCCACCAGGAAGGUCUUGAAGGAGUCUAACUUCACGGUGACAAAUCUGGUCAAGGGGAGAGAGUACGAGUUCCAGGUGGCCGCCGAGAAUGAGGCGGGGGUUGGACCCAUGAGCAGAAAAUCUACUUCAGCUUGUGCCAAGACACCUGUCGAAACUGCAGAGUUCACUGAGCCUCUGACAGACAUCUCAGCCAAGGUAGGCAAGACGGUCACCCUGGAGUGCCGUAUCUCCAAUGCCAAGGCUGAAGUCAAGUGGCUCAAGGACGGAGUGCAGAUCUUUGCCGUGGACAGACACAGCAUCAUCAAGGAAGGCCAAAGGAGAGCGUUGGUGAUCCGAGACGUUGGACCUCGAGACAUUGGGAAGUACACAUGUAAAUGUGGGGAUGCAAGCACCGAGGCCACAGUCAAGGUCAAAGCUGAACCAAAGAUUGACCUCUCUGACUACAAAGAUGUCAUCACUGUCCGUGCUGGUAACGUCCUUCGUCUCUACGUACCCUUCACCGGAUGCCCCACGCCAACAGCCGAGUGGUAUCGUCAUGACCGCCGCAUCAGCGAAGACAGCAGAACCAAGAUAGAGAAACAGGAGAACAGAACAGAAUUGGUCAUCAAGAACACCAUCCGAUCAGACACAGGGCAAUACUCACUGACUGUCAGCAAUGAAGCUGGCAAACACACAGCUAACAUCCAUGUCAUAGUGGUUGAUGUUCCUGGUCCCCCCACCGGACCCCUGGAGAUCUCCGACGUCGGCCGUUUCUCUGUCAACCUCUCCUGGUCCCCGCCCAGAGAAGACGGCGGCUCCAAGAUUGAAUACUACACUGUGGAGAGACGGGAGAAGGGUCGCAAGCUGUGGACAGUAGCUACCACGUAUGCUACAACAACAUCCUUCACAGUGACGGGACUUGGUGAGAACAUGGAGUAUGAGUUCCGAGUGAGCGCUGAGAACAUCAACGGAGUUGGACCUCCUCUGGAAUCAUCUCAGGCUGUCGUCUGCAAGACGCCCUUCUCUGUGCCGAGCGCGCCAGGCAAACCUGAAGUCCAUAACAUCUGCCAUGAUCACAUGACCCUGACUUGGACCGAGCCCCAGCAUGACGGCGGCAAGCCCAUCACAGGCUACAUCCUGGAAAUGAGAGAGAACUUUGGCGCACACUGGAAGCGAGUCAACCGCGAAUCAGUGGUGGACACCACCUACACAGUGAAGGGAUUAGUGGAAGGUCACCAGUAUGACUUCAGAGUGACCGCUGAGAAUACUGUCGGGCCAGGCAAGCCUAGCCAACCAACUCACCCACCACGCAUUGCCAAGGACCCUGCAAGACGACCUUCACCACCUGGUUGCCCAACCAUCAAAGACAUCACAUCAACGUCUGUGAAGCUCAGCUGGACCGUUCCAUUCUCAGAUGGGGGCCAGCCUAUCACCCACUACACGGUGGAGCGUAGACGGAAGGGCUCUUACGACUGGACAGACAAGCUGACCACCCCUACCAACUCUUGUCAGGUGGAGAAGCUGUCACCCAACGUGGAGUACGUCUUCAGGGUGUGUGCGGUCAACACUGCUGGCAUGGAGAGUGAUCCUAGCAAGGCUUCAGAGGCAUUCGUUACCAGAGAGUCACUCCCUGGAGUACCACCAACUUUCACAGAGGAGCCACACAGCACGAUGGUUGCUGAGAAAACAAAGGCCGAAUUCACCUGCAGAGUGGCCGGGACACCCACGCCUCAUGUGGACUGGAUCCGUAAGGGUAGGGAGUUGUUCACCGGUCGCAAGUACAGCAUAACAACAGACAAAGAUGGCCUACACAGACUGACCAUCCAUGAGGCCAGAGAGCUGGACAGUGGCAUGUACACAGCAGUUGCCCAGAAUGAGAAUGGAAAGGUUCGCGCAUCGGCAGAACUCCACAUCAAAUCGCUGCCAACUCUGGACCUUGACCGCCGCAUGAGAGACUUCAGUGUCCGUGCUGGAAGCACCCUGCGCAUCUCCAUCCCUUUCACUGGCACACCCACGCCCAUCCUGAGGUGGAAGAAGGAAGACGGUGAAGAGAUUAACACAAGAGGACGAUUCCGCAUCGAUGCCUUGGGAGGUGAGGCCGAUUUGACCAUCAGGGAGACGGAGAGAGAAGACAGCGGUGUCUACAUCUUAGAAGCUGAGAACGAGUAUGGAGUGCAGCAGGUGGCAGCCAAAGUACAAGUUGUUGACAAACCUGGACCGCCAACUGGCCCCAUCCAGACAGUGGAGGUCAGCAAGAAAUCUAUCACGUUGUCGUGGCAACCACCAGCUGAUAAUGGAGGAAGUCCCAUCAUACGCUACAUUGUUGAGAUGAAAGAGGCUAACAGAACUAUUUGGCAGAACGUAGGCUUUGUCUCUGCAUCCACUGAGCACACAGUCAGUGGACUCAUGGAAGGAACGGCUUAUCUCUUCCGAGUCUCUGCCGAAAAUCAGUAUGGCCCCAGCGAACCUCUGAUUGGACGAGAGUCAGUCAUGGCCAAGGCUCCUUAUGAUGUCCCCGGUGCCCCAGGGAAACCAUCGGUGUCCGACAUCCAACGCCACUCCGUCCAUCUCCUCUGGGUUCCACCAGAAUCAGACGGAGGCAGCCCAAUCACCAACUACAUUAUCGAGAAGCAAGAGACAACGAGCACCCGAUGGUUCCGUGCCAACAGGGAGGAGGUGACAGGAAACAGUCACACCAUCACCAACCUCAUUGAAGACUCCGAGUAUGAAUUCCGUGUGAUUGCUGAGAAUAAAGUCGGCUUCAGUCAACCGAGUCCAUCUUCUCAGCGAGUGAUAGUCAAGGACCCAAGAGGGUCUAUCCCAGCUUCGUUUGUCCGUACUCCACAAUCCAUUGCCGUCACCCAAGGCAGAGCAGGAACCUUGGAGUGCGAGGUAGCCGGCUACCCGUCUCCUCAAGUCUUCUGGUACCGUCUCGGCCGCGAACUUCACGACAGCAGGAAGUACAAGAUCAGAGCCAGCGGCAACAUCCACACACUGCAGAUCAACGAUGUCUAUGAGGAAGAUACUGGAGAGAUCACAGUCAAGGUCAUGAACAAAGCUGGAUCACAGACUGAGAAAGCUGACCUCCAGAUUCAAGUUGCUCCUAAAGUCAACGUACCACCACGCCUCCGCAUCCCCCUUGAUUGUCUCCAAGGAGAGAUCUUGAAACUCAGAAUACCUUACACAGGCAUCCCUGCACCCAGCAUCACCUGGGACCAUGACGGAGUUGACAUCAAGCCUGCCAGGAAUCUGGAGAUCAAGACCAGCGACAAGGAGACAAUGCUGUCCAUCACUACAGUUAGCAAGGAGGAUGCAGGGAAAUACACAGUGGUCGCUACAAAUGAGCUGGGAUACGAUUCAGCAAGCAUUGUCAUCAACAUCCUGAGACAACCAGAUCCACCUCGUAACUUGGAAGUCCUCGACGUCACCUCGGAUACCGUCCGUCUCUCCUGGCAACCGCCUCUCCAUGACGGAGGAAGCACCAUCACCAGCUACGUGGUGGAGAAACGAGAUGCUGGAUCCAAUACCUGGGUCCGCUGCGUUACCAGCAGAAACUGCUUCCAUACCAUCGUGGGCUUGAGGUCUGAGUCAGAGUACCAGUUCAGAGUCACAGCAUUGAACUCCUUCGGCGCGAGCGAGCCGUGUGAAGCAUCAACUGUCAUAGCAACUAAACCUUCGGCAUUGACCCGCCCAGAGCUUGAAGAUUAUGAAGCCAAGCGACGAUUCUAUGAUUCACUGGUUGAUUUGAGCUGGAUUCCGUCCAGGUUUGACUACAUCAAGCGAUUUGGCUCUGUCUAUGACUACUAUAACAUCUAUGAAGAACUUGGAAGAGGAUCCUAUGGUGUGGUCUACAGAGCUGUGGAGAAGAAGACAGGCAAAACCUUCGCUGCCAAGUUCCUACGCUGCCAGGGUCACGAGAGAGAAGUUGUCAAACGAGAAAUCGAUAUCAUGAAGCGACUGCAUCACCCAGCAUUGCUGUCUCUCCAUGAGGUGUUUGAGAACGACGAAGAAAUAAUCAUGAUUAUAGAAUUCUUGUCUGGCGGGGAGUUGUUUGAUCGUCUCGUUGACGAAAGCCACAUCUUGACUGAGCCCGAGGUUGUCGACUACAUGAAGCAGAUCUGUGAAGGCAUCAGACACAUGCACGAGAAGCACAUCCUUCAUCUUGAUCUCAAGCCGGAGAACAUCAUGCUACGUACUCGCACUGGCAACGAUGUGAAACUCAUUGACUUUGGUCUAGCCAGGGAACUCGACCCACAUGAACAAGUGCGCGUCAUGUUUGGCACUCCAGAGUUUGUGGCACCAGAAGUCGUGAACUUUGAACCCAUUGGACUGCCAUCCGACAUGUGGUCACUCGGAGUGCUGGCAUACGUCAUGUUGAGUGGCAUCUCGCCAUUCAUGGGAGAAUCCGACAUUGACACCUUGAAGGGCGUGAGUCGGGGGGAAUGGGACUUCGACGAGGAAGCAUUUGCUGAUGUGUCCGAUGAAGGACUGGAUUGGAUUGAGAAGAUUCUAAUUCAGGACAAGGACAAACGGAUGACAAUCCAAGAAGCACUUGCCCACCCGUGGCUCAACAUGGAGACUGAUACCCUUGCUCGGAGACGCGCUCGACGACUCAACACCAGGCGUCUCAGAAAACUACACGAGAAACGCAAACCAGAGGGGGCUGGCGAAACCAUCAACGCCCUCGGCCGUCUUGCUCAUGGGGGCGCUCUUCGAGAGAUACACAAGGUCUACCGUGGCAUGCCACUACAUGAAAGGCUCGUCUAUAUGGAUGUCCGUGAUGCCGCUCCCAAGUUUGUAGUUCCUCUCGAGACGACCACCGCCAUUGAGGGUAAUGCCGCUCGCUUCGAGUGUGAAGUCUCUGCCCUCACUGAACCCCUCAUCACCUGGUACAAGGGGAAGACUCCCCUACAGAUAGGAAUCAAGUACAAGAUGCUGUACGAUGAUCGCAAGUACACGCUGGUCGUUCAGGACACCAAUAUUGAUGAUGUAGGGGAGUACACCUGUAAGGCAGUCAACUCGUACGGGUCAGCAACAUCAUCGGCGUCUCUGGACAUUGAACUGCUUGAUGAAGAGGAGUUGGAGAGACGUGGAGAAAGACGGACUCUGGAAAUGAAGAGACAAAAAAUCCCUCUGGGAGAACGAGCUCGUCGUCUGCGUGCCAUGCAGGCCGAGAUGGGAGCUGACCAACCACCACAGUUUGUCAAGACUUUGCAAGACAAGGAAUGCGGUCUCGGAUUCAUUCUACCACUCUCGUUUGAAGUAACUGUUCCACCAGAGCCCACCAAGGUCAUCUGGUACCUCAAUGGCAAGCAACUCAAGGAAGGACCGCGCUACAAGUUCUACGUGGAUAAUGGCACCUACACGCUAGAGGUUCAGGAGACCACGCUGGAUGACAUGGGUGAAUACUGCGCCGAAGUGACCAAUCAAACAGGGACGUCAGUUACAAAGUGCCAAGUAGCCGUGGAUGAAAACUUCAUGGACAAGUAUGCUGGAUAUGUCAGACCACAUUUUGUUCAGCGCCUUCGAGACAUUCUCAUUGUUGAGGGGAGUGCAGCAAGACUGGAAUGUAAGGUCAAUGGCAUGCCGGAUCCAGAUAUCAGAUGGUUCAAGGACCACAAAGAGAUUGAGGAUGGUGUCCACUACUCUAUGGAGUUUGAGGAUGAUGAUACAUGCGCCCUCAUCCUACAGGAUGUGUUCUUGACUGAUGCUGGGACCUACACUUGCCAAGCGUCUAACCUCCUUGGUCGCAUCUCCUGCGACUCACGUGUCAAAGUUGAACGUUGUGGAGCAGAGAGCGAACCAGCCUCAGAACCAUCACGAGAGUCAAGUCUUGAAGAUCUCACGACAAUCUCCAAACACAUACCCGCCCGCCGCCGUCUGAACUGUGCUCCAUUCUUCAGUCUGCCACUCCGUCGCAAGAAAGUUGCAGAGAACGACAGUGUCCGCCUUACUUGCGCUGUGCAGGGCUACCCUGCUCCUAAAGUAGCAUGGACAAAGGAUGGGAACCCAAUAUUCGAUGGCUACUACUACAGCAUCACCAACAGGUGGGGUGUAUGUUCAUUGGAGGUGCAUAGUGCCAGACUGAGUGAUACAGGAACCUACCGAUGCACGGCUACCAGCGAAGAGGGUCAGGAUAGCUCGGCCUGCGAGUUGGUUGUGGAAGAAAGAAUGGAACCAGAUGAAACCCUGGACUACAUCCGUCCAUCCUUCCACAAACCUGUAAGAGGCAAACGCGUUAAGGAAGGAAAGACAGCUCAUCUUGACAUACAAGUUUCUGGAUUCCCAGAGCCACAAAUUAUCUGGUACAAAGACAAUGUCCGCAUUGAUGAGGACGAGCACAUUUCUAUUGAGAAACAUCCCGGGGGAGCUCAGACCCUGGUUAUCACUGGAGUGACACCAACAGAUGCUGGACGAUACAAGGCUGCAGCCAGUUCACCUGCUGGCAAGGCUUCUUGUGCUGCAGACCUUAUCGUUCUGGAAGUUGAAGCUGAUGUGGAAUCUGAAGAUGAGGGUGAAUUGGGACGAGGCAGAGGAAGACGCCGGACUCGUCGUAAACCCAAGGAAGAGCCCAAAGAGCCUAAACCGCACCGCAAACCACAAAAGGUGCGUCCAGUCCCAGAGACUUUCGAGGAGCGAAAGGCAAGAAGAAUCCAACAAAGGAAGGAACAGCCUCUUCUCUACCGGCCAUCAUCUGUACCCGUGAGAAGUCACAGACGAUCCUACAGUCCUUCCUACAUGCCAGCAUUUGGACCUCCUCCUUUGUACAGUCCAACCAUUGAUAUGAGAAAGCAGAAGCCUGUACCAGGAUACAAACCAGUACCCUAUGCCAGAACCCCACCACUGGCUCGUGCUCAGUCAGUACCUGUACCUGUUGUCGCACGCACCAUCCCGCAUCCUGUUGUUGAUGAUGGGUAUGGACCGACUUACAUCCCUCAUUAUGAGAUCCCAAAGAAGGGCAGACAUGGAGAGCACAAAUGUCCAACACCAUCCUACGUGCCUCAUCAUGCACUCCCUGCUAAAGCAGUCACACCAACGCCCCAUGACGACCGCUACUUUGCUGCCCUGUUUGAGGAUAUCCUGAGCGCCUCAGAGUAUGAGUUUCAACAGAGAGAGAGGACACCAUCUUUCCCAAGGUCCAGAACACCGAGUGUAUCGAGGACAAGGAGCAUAACACCAACACGAAGACGAAGAACCUUGUCAUCUGACUAUGAAGAUCUAUACGGAAGACGGCCAAGCUAUGAAGGGAAGAGAACUCGAAGUAUUACACCAACCAGAGCCGGGUAUAUAACACCGUCUGCCCCUGAUUAUGAUGCUUACAUGAAAAAAAUGAAAGCCAUACAGAAGCAGCCUCAAGCUUUCAGACCAAGUUCUGUCCCUGCGAGACAACUGCCAGAGAUAUUUACACCAGUGUUUGAUGAUGAGGAAAGAAUUCGUCCAGUGCCCAAGAGGUAUCCUCAACCUGUCAGAGCUAAAUCUGUUCCUCCAAAGGAAGGCCGGCCUGUCAAGAAAACAGAUAUUGAGCGUUAUCACCUUCCAUCUUUGCGGGAGUUCAUUGGUAAUAGGCCGCAUCCUUUCAUGCCAAGAGAGAAGUCUGUCACUACAGCACCAACACCUAGCAGAAUGUCAAGCACCUCUGAAUUCGAAGAUCACUCUGUGCCACAUGAGAGAAGGCCUCGAUAUGACUCCCAGAGUUCUACAAGCUCCUACAGAGGUAGAUCAACAACUCCAACAGCUAGGUAUGGUGGGAGGAGUGUAACUCCAGCAUCUGAUUAUGGAGACAAAGACUACCGUCGUACCUCACUGGACAGACCAACUCCUCAGAGCUUCAGGCAGAGGUCCAAAUCACCAAGUAUGUCAACUGUCCCAAAGCGAAGUCGCACUCCAACAACACCCGAGUAUGAGAGAUCAUUUGACUCCUUCAGACCAAGAUCCAUUUCGCCGAGAGCUGCAGUGGUCUUAGAGAGAGGUGCUAAGCCACCAUCAUCGGUACACAAGCAUUCUUACGAUGCCGCUCAGAGACGAGACAUGACACCAACUUUCUCUGACACACAGCACAGGCCAAGGGACAUGAGACUACUGUCAACCGAUUCAGUUGAAUCCUUUGACUCAAGAUCUCGUUCCCCAGGUCUAAGACGCUCUGUGACACCCGUUGGAACUGACUCUGAACGCACACCACGGGAGAUCAUGAUCAUUGAGAGAAUGUCAUCCUAUGAUUCCACCAGUGGAAGAUCUAUCUCACCAACUCCUGAAAAGAGACACAGAGAAUUCCCGAAAUCAUCCGUGAAGAAGUCCUCUGCUUCACCCACAGUCUCUGCUCCCAGACGUGACAGUACUCCAACCUACCCAGAUUAUCGGCGUAGAGAAUAUUCCUUGUCGUCUUCAGACAUAGAAUCCUUUGAAGCACCUAGACUAAGGCCUGCAUCACCUAGAGUUACUCCACAUCACAGACAAAGUACCAAGCCAUCCGAUGAUGCAGAACAGCAGCAGAGAGAUUACCAGUUGCUGUCAACUGACUCUAUUGAGUCAUACAGUGGACGAUCCCCAUCACCUCUUCAUGGCCGUCCAGUCACACCAGUUGGCACCGAUUCUUUGCGCACUCCAAGAGAGAUCCGCAUUAUUGAAAGGUUGUCAUCCUACGAUUCAGUGAGGCAGAGUGGCAUAUCACCGGUUCCUGGCACCCGACGCAGUGUAACUCCAUCUCAGGAGCAACUGCAGAGAGAUGCCAGGAGACCAGUCUCUCCAAGGAUGCCUUCUUCAUCUGCAGUUUAUUCUGAUCAGAAGAGGAGUAUGACAUCAUCAGAGCAAUAUCAUAGGGAUUACCCCAUACCUUCAGACAGAAAAUCUGUUGAGACACGUGCAAGAAGACCUGCCUCACCAGAGGUGACAAGACACCACAGACGAAGUGUUACACCAACAUCAUCUGACACUGAGCGCAGGCACAGAGACUCCCGAUUGUUGUCAACAGACUCACAUGAAUCAUACAGUGGUCGGCCUACAUCACCUCAUUCUGGAAGACCCGUCACUCCAGUUGCUACUGAUUCACUACGUACUGCCAGAGAAAUCAAGAUCAUUAGCAAGUUGUCAUCUUACGAUACACCAAGAGAGAGUGCCAUGUCACCAGUUUUGGGCACAAGGCGAAGUGUGACACCAACUUACCAGCGACGGCCAAGUGAUGUGAAGAGACCUGUUACUCCCAAGACCUAUGCUUCUGCCCAGGAAUCAAGCACACCCUCAGCUCCAAGGGGUACCUUGGCAUCAAUGUCUGAUGUUACCACAAGAAAAUCUUACACAUCUCCUCGACCUGCCUCUCCCAGAGAUGUCUCACACCGAGAUUCUCGGCGAGAGCGCGCCAGUUACAGGCAGCUGUUAUCAGAGGGUGAAUCUUCUGAGACCCAGCUUACACCUCAGCCAACAUCAUUACUCCCAGAGCGUCCAGUUACUCCGGUUGCUACACAGUCUCUACGUACAGCAAGAGAAAUCCGCAUUGUGGAUAGGAUAUCCACAAGAGACAGAACGACUUCACCAACUACACGAUCCAAGCAAAGGGAUUACAGCUUGCCAUCAAGUCAGAGCACAUCAGCCUAUUCGAAGCCUGAACGUAGAGAUUACCAGUCUUCUUCAUAUGCCUCAUCAACCAGAUCUUAUGAUAGAUUUGAACCUCAGCAUUUGUACAGACAGAGAUCAUCGUCCCCAGUGAAACGCUCAGUCUCACCAAUCUCUUUGGGUGUUCAGGAAAGGGAUUUGUAUUCAUCAUCUAGCAAGAAGUCAUACCGUGAUAGCUACGAGUCGAGUCGUAGCCACCGACAAAGAUCACCAUCACCUAAAGUCAUCACAACUGAUUAUGACCGUGACUACACCUCAGCUGGUAGGAGAUAUGACACUGACAGAUCAUUCACUGAAGAUUCAUUUAGAACAACAACGUCUGCAUCAAGACUGUCUCCAACUUCAGCUGAAGACCGAUAUGAGAGAAGCUUUGAUUCGUAUGCCCGAUCUUCCAAACAGAAGAGCUCCAAAGGUGGUGCCUUUGCCCCAGUUGGAGUGGGAAAGCCAGGUUCUGCUCCAAAAGCUGAACUGCCUUUCAAAUUGGAAUCUGAUUUGUUGGAGGAAUCGGGUUCAGAUCACUCCAGCCCAGCUCGAUUCAUCCCUCUUGCUGAUGAAGAAGGAGUUGAGGCAAUCCGUCUGGACACACUCGAAAAGGCGCCAGAUAAGCCUGAAGCUGUAACAAAAGAUGAAGUACCCAUAGAUUCCAAACCAACCGAAGAAGAUGCUGAGCCAAAGGAAAAGGAGGAUGUAGAAGAUGAGAAGGAUGAAGACUCAGAACGCUUGCUUGCUAAGAAGAAGCAGGCAAUGAUUGAAACAGAUCAGAAGAUUGAUGACACUGAAGGAGAUGGACCACCAGAGUUUGUCCAGCGCCUGCGGGACAUGACAGUAAAUGAUGGAGCUCGAGUUGUCUUGGAAGUCCAAAUAACUGGUGCACGGCCAAUGGAUGUUGGCUGGCUUCGUAAUGGACAAGACAUACCAGACAGUGAUGAGUUCCACUAUGUCAGCCGGGGCAACAUUCACCAGCUGGUGAUCGCCGAGGUCUUCCCUGAAGACUCUGGCAAAUACACUUGUGAAGCUCUGAAUGAUCAUGGCGAGGCAGACUGCCAAUGCACACUGAAUGUCAUAGAGGAGCCUAGUGUGAGUAUAAGUAUCAACGUGAGUCAAGACAUCACAGCGACAACCACCGACCAUCAAGCCAUCAUGGAUGAUGAGAACAUCCCUCCAGAGUUCUUUGAGGAACCCCAGUCUCAGACUGUGGAGGAAGGAGGGAUGGCACGCUUUGUGUGCGACGUGGAUGGGGAACCCAUCCCAACAGUUACAUGGUCAAAAGACGACGUACCAAUCAGAGAUGGAGGCCGCUUCCGGGUGUACUCGGACAAGUUCUCCCACACUUUUGAAAUUCCUGUUGCCCUGGCAACAGAUGAGGGAGAAUAUGUGUGUACAGCCACCAAUAAGGAGGGCCAGACCGAAUGCGGAUUCAGUCUGAGAGUUAUCCAGGAUCAGACAGCUGCUGUUGCAGACAAGCAAAUCAUUGAUGCGACUGGACCACAGUCCACUCCACCUGUCACUUCAUCUGAACCCAUUGCAAUCUUUGCACCUGUUGCACAAUCUGCUCCUGAUCAGGACAGUGAGGUGAUUGCUCAGUUUGAUGACACCAUGGAUGCUAUCGGUGAACCAGUUCGAUUCUCCUCCGAUUCAGAAGCACCCGUCUUUGUAGAAGAACUCCAAGACCAGGUGGUUGUUGAGGAAAGUGGGACAAACUUCCAGUGUCGAGUCACGGGCAAACCCCUGCCUGACAUCACCUGGUUCUUUGAAGGCCGACCAAUCAAAUCCUCCAAGUACUUCCAGAUGAGCGAGGAGGAUGACAUGUGCAUCCUGACCAUAGCAGAGGCAUACACCGAGGAUGCUGGGAAAUAUAGUUGCCAUGCCAACAAUGAGGCAGGGGAGGCAGUGACAUCAGCCAUGUUGGUGGUGCAUGAACCUGCCCCACCAGCUGACAUCACACCAUCCCCUGCAGCUGAAUCAAUCAGCCAACAAGCGCCCUCUUUUGACAAGAAAAUCCAGGACUGUGAAGCACAAGCCAAUAGCGAGGCUAGAUUUGAAUGCACUGUCAAAGGGACGCCCAUUCCUGAAACCAAAUGGUUCAAGAAUGGGAAACCCUUGAAGGAAGGCAUUCGUCACAAGCUAUCCCAAGGAGCAGACGGAGUCUGCUCACUUGUCAUCCCCAGAGCACAAAUUGAGGAUAGUGGCGACUAUGAAUGCAAUGCACAGAAUGCCAAUGGCGGUGCUUCAUGCAUAGCCAAGCUCAGCGUGAAAUCUUCAAAGAAGCUCCCCUUCUUGAACAAGUUUCAGCAAGACAGCUCAUCAUCCGGUAGUGGGCCAGGUGGCAAGAAGGGCCCCACAGGUCCCAGCCGAGGGAGCAGUGUCAUGGCAAGAGCACAGAUGUUUGGCAAGUAGAUCAGGCGGAAAUGGACAAAACAGUCAAGGCUGGUGACUUCUGACAGACCGGUUCAAACCAAGUUGCACCACUAAGUAAAAGACGGUUUCACUCAUUGGUUCAACAUUUGAACUCUUGCUUGGAUAGACAAGUGAGAAUGCGUAGUUAUUAUGUUGGAAUAGGUAAAUAAUCAAUGCAACAUUCUCUGUGACAAACACUUUCAUGAUUUUUAUAACUCUUUAAAAGCUCCUGUAUUUCAAUCACCAGCCUCCUGAACUCAAUCAGCCUCUUAUCUUGCCAAGAUUUGGCUCCAGACCGUCUUCCCGAUCGGACUUAACUUAUUCAUGUAUGUGGUUUCACUUUUUAUUUUUUGUUUAACUGUAUGUCUUGUUGAAAUGUUCAUGCUCAGUUAUGGUUAUACAAUGUAUUUAGAUUUAGACCUUUGAAUGGAUUUGUAGCAAAAGUGAUCUUUUAUAAGAAAUAAUCAGGUGAAAUCGUGCAGUAAGCACAACGAUUUUUAAACUUGACAGUGUACUAUAGGAAAACUAUAUGUUUCUUAUUCCAAAACAUGAAACAAGAUGUAAAUAAUUUUUUUGAACCUGAACUGACGGUGAAAGUUUAUAUUGUAAACCAAUGUGAAACUUGUUUGAAUAUGUUCCCGGCAGUAACCUGGAUGUAAAAAAAGUGAUUGUUCUUGAACAGUCACUUGUGAAAUUUUGCGUCUGUAAAAUUUUGUUUACUGCGGAACGUUUUUUGUAAAAUGGAUGACGUUGAUAUGCCGCGUUCCCACGACUCGACUUUUUCCCGACGUCUGUGAGAGUAACGCAGGCAUUUUUACAAUGACCAAGGAUCUCCACAGAAAUGUGUGAAGUCCUCCCAAUAAACUGGCUCUCGUUCUUAAGGGAACUGGAAGGGCUUGAUUGUAAUAGUACUUCAGGAGGAGAGGAGGAGGGCGCCCUCUAUCCUCCAAUGGAUGACAGUGUCGAAAAGGAAGCUGUGCUUCACUGAAACAUUCCGCUGUCACCGACUAUAAAAAGAGAUGACUUUUUGUAUCAGUGCCUUUUUAACAGAUUUUGAUGCACGAGGACAAACUCGGAAGACGUCAAAAUCAAAUAAACAUUCACGAAAGAGAAAAAAACACACUUGAUUGAACACAAUUCAUGCAGAGGUUGGGCUGCAUGAUCUGGGGAAGGCUUUGAAGGAAAUUGGACAGCAGUGUGGUGGUGCAUGUCCUAAAAAAUCCUCAGCCCUCCCCGAACAAACUUCACGUUCACUUUUUAUUUGGAUUCUUUUGGGGAAAGCUCUCUGACCGGAUUAAAACACCAUUUUAUUUCCUUUCCUGCUUUUGUUUUUUUGAAAUUCUGUUUUAUCUUUCUCACUUUCAUCGUCUAUUUGCAGACGUCAGUUUUUGAUCACUUGUUCCUUUCAGAAAUCUCCCAGAAAAGGCAGCAGUGAAGGCUUUCCUCUCUGUUUUGUUAAUUAAAUCUUCAUUAUCUCCUUGGUAAUGAUAUUUACUCGCUUAGUUUGGUUAAACGUAUGUGUACUGCAGUGAUUUGAAAAAAAUAAUAAUUAUAAUAUUCUUGGUCUGGCCUCCACAUGGUCACAGGACGUUUAAGUCUAGAUUGAAUCACCUGAUUUCGUGGUGGUAAUCUUGUGAUUCUCUGUAUCAUUGAACGUCAUCUGGGUGAAUCUUGUGGGCGUUAACAUCUUGAAUGGUAAUGGUGGUCAGAUCUUUCCUUGCAUCCCUCAGCUUCGUGUUUCUCCCAAGUAAUAGUUCUAUUUAUUGAAAGAAAAGUAAUAUUCUAAAACUGACCAGGGGCAAUAUUAUAUUGAACUUCCAUAAUCUUUAGUCGUACUUUUUUUCAAAAUCCUGUUCAUCCUCUGACAGGAAUGGAAAAAGACAACCAAAAAUAUGAUCCAGUCAGACAAGGAAUUCAAAAUGUCAUCACUCGUGAGUGUCCUUUGAUCUAACAAAAAAAAAAACAGCAGCUAACAAUGUAUCCAGACACUGUUUGAAAUCUAGAUAAAAUUAUUUUUAUCGCACAGCGUUCACGUUGGGUAGAAGUCAGGAUCACUCCUGCGAAACCUAUUCAUCGACAUUUUUUCGACUAGAAAAUUGAAAAACCUCCUCAUCAACUUUAAAUUAAUAUCAGAAAUCCUUGAAUUGAACUUAUAACCCUUUAUUCUGAUCAGUUCUUGAAUAUUUAACCGUUAAUGAAUGAAGACCCUGAUUUGUUGGUUUCCGCACUUGCACUUGCAUUCUGUUCGUCGAGUACUUUCUUAGAUGUAUUCGUGCCUAUUUAAUGAGCCCAGAUUCACGACUUUAAGAUUGAAAUGGAAUUAUCAAAGUAACCAAAAACGAAUCAAUGCACUGAAAGUACUGCCCGUAACAAAAAAGGAUUAUCGAAUUUUUAUUUGAUAAUGCAGUUGUUUUUUAGAUAGACCAGUACUUAUUUAUUUCAAAAGCACGUUUUUGAAUCAGGGUCUAUUUAAUGUUUCACUAUUGUUUUGUUAAAGCAUUGCACAUAGAUUUUAUCUAUUUAUUUAUUUAAAGUUUAUUUAUAGUAUCUUCUUAUUUCAUAGAACUGCCGUAUACCCCUCUAGUGCACUUCGUUAUUAAACGUGCAAUGCUCUUGAAAAAUUAA